CCUUUAGUGACUGCCUUCCUGACAGCCGUUAGAAGUGUUUCACUGUGAAAACCACAUCAGCUCCUAUAGUAGCAUUUGAUUGACAUUGCACGGCCCUUUGCAGCGCAUGAGCACUAUCCUUCCAAUUCUUUUUGACAUCUUAACGAUCUCAGUCAGGGAGGUGGAGCUGCAGAGGCGAGACCAGGUAACGGUAAAAUAAUCUCACUUUUCAAAUAUAGCAGUAGGAAUACAUGUUUGCAUACCUAACACUAUAGUGUCCCUUAAGCAGAGAAAGGUCCGGGCACUCAGAGGUCAUUCUAAGCGAUGGCUUAAUAGAGACUCAAUUUCACACUGUGAGUGUUGCGUUUUGUUUCCAAUAAAGUUUGCUUGCUAAUGACCCUAGAGUUCCUAGACUACCUCUGUUUACUACACGGAGAGACUGUGUAACACGGCAGGCCUGCAAGUCCACCAGGUUUAACCUUUCACACAUGUCUGCUUCUCCUGUGACGCAUAUUCACGUGCAUUACGAAUUACCCACACACAUUACAUAUAUACACACAGCACUGUGAUGGAAACAUAGAGGAAAACAGGAGACUAACACAAGAAGUACCUGCCCAAAAUAGAGAGACAAAAUAAUAUACAAGCUUAAAAUAAAACAAACAGCAACAUGUACAAUGCUGCCCUGCGUUUAAAUAUCCCAUAUCUUAUUAGGAGACUGACCUUAUUUCAAAGUAAUAAAAAUGUUCUUUCCGUUGAGUUUAUUUCUCAGACAAAUUGCUUUAAUUAUGAUUUUCUUCUGAGAUUUUUGCGCAGCACUGAAAUGCUAAUAAUGAUGAAAUUUUUCUGACAGUGCGAAGGGUUAAAGCUUAAAACAAGUCAGGAAUAUGGCAGGACUUGCCCAAUAACAAACAGAGGGUGGGACAUAAUGUGGAGAGGACAGCAUGUGUGUGUAUGUGCUUUGCGAUCUAUGGGGCUGUGUGAACACUUGCAUUUGAAGGCUGUAUAGGGGGCUCUGACAUUCACCGUAUUUUAUAUUAUUUUUCCAUUUUAUAUUUAAUGAGAAGGAUGGGUACAGCUGUGUGAACAGGAAAAGCGUAGAAUUUCUUCAACAAAAUUUUAAAAUAAAAAGGGGCACAUCUGUGUCUGAAGAAUGGAAACUGUCUAUGAAUUCCAGUUUGAAAAUGACACAGACUACCAUGGGCUACUUUGUGACAUCACAGAUAAUGGGACCUUCACAUGUAUGGAGGAAUAUCGUCUAAAUACCACUCUUCCAACCCGAGGUAUCAUUAUGUGUGUUUGUCAAUUUUCCUUUUUUUUUUUUUUUGUCAUGUGCAAUAUUUAAAAGAUUUGUAGUUGGUGCAAACCCUUAUGGGUUAAUAUUUUAGAAAAGUGAUAAAAGUGAUCGCUAACUAUUGCACCUAUUCCUGAACUGCAAAUCUCAAAAUGCUCAGCCAAUCCUUUCUGGAAAAUUACAUCACAAACAUCUGGAGUGCUAAUAAGAGUAAUCAUUACUGUUUUAGAACUUGCAGAAAAUACAUUGUGAAAUACAAGAAAACGAAUAGUCUCUCUUAUGUGUUAUAUAGUUUGUUACGUAAUGUUUUUACAUAAUGUUUGGCAAAUAGAAUUAGAGUUAAAUCAUUCUAUUGGAUAAAUACAAUAUUUUUUUUUUUUUUAAUUAUUAUUAUUAAAAAAAAUGUGAGACUAUUUCAGCAAUAAACAUAAUGGUCUCUCUGAAUAGUAUAAUCCGUACUGAAAUGAUUUAUUUAAUCCGUGAUUAUAUGUUAAAUUAUUUAUGGGAAUGUUUUUUUUUAUUGCACUCUAGAAAUGCACCAGACAGUGAGGAUCCUGCUGUAUUCACUGAUAUUUCUGCUAAGUGUGCUGGGGAACAGCCUGGUUAUAGUUGUGCUGAUAAGAAACAAGAGAAUGCGGACUGUCACCAAUAUCUUCCUGUUGUCGCUCGCAGUCAGUGACCUCAUGCUCUGCCUGUUCUGUAUGCCUUUCACCCUCAUCCCCAACCUGCUCAAAGACUUUAUAUUUGGCAGCACAGUCUGCAAAGCUGCAACUUAUUUUAUGGGUAAGUAAACGAGCUGCACGAUCACAAGAAUUUAUUCACUAGACCAGGCAUAGGAAACCUUCGGCACCGCAGAUGUUUUGGACUACACCUCCCAUGAUGCUUUGCCAGCAUUGUGGGUGUAAGAGCAUUAUGGAGGAUGUAGUCCACAACAUCUGGAGUGCCAAAAGUUGCCUACCCCUGCACUAGACAUUGGAUUGCGGUGAACUGAAAACUGAAUUUCAAGUCUGAAAUAGAUGAUUUGGGGAAAGUGUUUUAGAUCCUCUAUGGUAGGGGUGCCUAAAAGAUAGGUCCCCAGAUGUUGUAGAACUACAGCUUCCCUGAUGCUUUGGCAUUGUAAAGCAUUCUAAUGGCAUGCAGAGCAUCAUGGGAGUUGUGGUUUUAUAAACUACCUUUUGGGCACCCCUGAUCUAUAGCCACAGUAUGGAUGUUACCGCCUGAAAUGUGCAAUUUUAAAUCACAACAAAAUUUAUGUUUAGUAGAUUUAGCAAGUUUUAUAAAUAACCCAAGUAAUAAUUCACAGGUAAACUAACUGUUAUUAGGUAUUUCAGAGCGUUCUACGUUUGUUAUAAUAAGGUAUAAUAGAUUAAAACAUAUGUGUCUGCCAGAAAAUGUGUGUGUCUAUCUUAAUUGUAUUGCUUAGCUAAGAUUAGUGGGAGUUACCCUUCGGUUCACCCUCUUUUUUAUUUCCAGCUACUAACAGUAGUUGUGCCCCUCUUUCAAUGUAUGUCUGUCUUGGUGUUGCAUUAAGAUCAAGAUCCCCUAUACCUUAAUUUUACAAAAAAACUCAUGCGGUUUAAGAAAUCCAUGUCAUUGAAGAGUAUAUUAUGGAAAUAUAAUGUUUUCAAGGGGAGACGCUAAUUAACCACUUAACCUUUGGUCUCCUGGUUUAUAAUAGCAUUAUUUUCCUAUAAUAUAUGCCCCCUUACAUAUACUCUAUGUAUGUUUUAGUGCAAAUUUUGUAGCAUUGGGCAUGUAGAUUUAUGAGCCAAAUCACCAUACAGUUAUCGGUAUUGUGUGAACAUUUCACACAUUUAAUAGAUGUGAAUUUUAAUGUCUAUAUAAUUGCAUAUAUUUUAUAUAAACUUAGUUUCAGUUACUUUCCCACAAAAGGAAGUGUGUAUGUAUUUAUGGUGUCCCAAAUAAGAGACAAUGGAGGGAGUUUAAUUAUUUAAUAUUAAGAUAUAUAUCUAUAUCUCUUAAUAUUAAAUAAUUAAACUCCCUCCAUUGUAUAUAUAUAUAUAUAUUAUAUGUGUGUAUAUAUAUAUAUUUCACAAGCAUAGAUGUAAUGCAAACAGAGCAUUUCCCCCCUUGGAAAAAAAAACAACAUUUUAUAUAUUUAGGAAACAAAAAAAUAAUUAUUGUUUGUUAAUAAUAUUAUCAAAGAAAUACACUGAGGAAUUCAAAUAUAGAAUGUUGGGAGCAAAAUCUGUUGAUGCACUCAGCAGUGUGCUUUACUUUAAAAAUUGAAAUACAUAGAGUAGAAAACUGACACCACAAACAAUAUUAAUUUGUGAAUAAUACAUUAAUAUUUAUCUCCUGAUAAAUGUGUGCUUAACAAAAUGCUGUCUAUACAGUUACUGAUAAAACAAGAAUCAGAGAUCAUGCUAGUAAACAAAUGAGAGGAGGUAAUUAAGUUAAGUGGCCUUUAUUGCAAUUUUGUUUCUGUAGAGACACGUAUUCUUGCAAUGUACACAAUAUAACAAUACAUGCUUUCUUCUUAUAAACAGCAAACCCAAAAAUACAUUGAGACUGUUUGAUACAUGUCCCAAUAUUGCUUUAUUUUAUUUACCAGCAUUUACUGUUUAGUGAACAAUAAUUAAUCAUAGAUUAAACGGUUUACUCAUUAAAACAAGGUUGUGUAGAGAAAUCACAAAAGAAAUGCAUGUUUUAGGUAACACGUUGAAAAAUAGCUAGGUUCCACCUUUAUGGCUAAAAAUGUGUGAAUCCUUUGUCAGUGAUCCACCGAAUAAGCUUCGAAGUCUGUAGAUUGAACCUUUUAAAUCUUGUUUUGCCAUUAAGAAAGAUCACACUUUCAUAUCAAUAUAAAGAGUAAAGGAUUGUAAUACUCAUUACUUAAGAUGAGCAAAUUGAAAAACAUUUAAGUAACCGAACUGAUGUUUUUGCCUCGGUGAAGUGAGCAACAUUUACACAUGCCGUAUGGGAUUUCUGACAAAUGUUUUGCUUAGAGCUUUAUCUACAGGAUAUUUUACAUUGCGAGGCUAGCUUGUGGGCAUUAUAGUAACCUGCUUAAAGGGAAACUGUUACUUCUCUGGAAUUGACACCAUUGAAUAAAACAUCAAAAAUCACCUAGAACUUGUGUAAACCCCUAUUCGUGAGACAAACAAUGAUCUAUUAAUUAUAUAUAUCGCCAUAACUCCUUAAUCACUAAAAUGAGCUGCAGUGGUUAUGGUGCUAGGAGUGACCAGGAAGCCACUGGAAGCACUCUUACCUCAAGGGGCUAAACCGUUCUUGAACAGUUUAACCCCAAACUUGCCUCCAGCGCCGUUCUCCCACCACCCCGGCAGCUUCCGGCUUCUGAAUGUUCAGAUUCAGAAAGCACGGAGUGCCGCCACUGACUGGCUGACAGUGGUCAACUGACACUCUAAGCCAAUCAGUGACUCCCCAUUCACUAAACUGGCCUACAAAGAAACAUACAUUUUGCAAGACAGUUUAGUGAAUAGGGAUUAACUGAUUGGCUAAGAGCAUCAGCUGACUAGUCUCAGCCAAUCAGCAGCGCCCCUGCCCAGUGGCACUCUGCGUUUCCUGAAAAUUCGGAAGCCGACAGAGGGUGAGUGGAGACUGGUGCUGGAGGCAACCGUUCAAGAACGGUUUAACCUCUUGAGGUAAGGGUGCUUCAAGGGGCCUCCUGGUACCAUAACAACCUCAUUUAGAUGAAGCUGUUUUGGUGCCUGGAGUGUUCCUUUAAUGAGACCAGAGGAAUGACAGAGGAAAGUGAUUGCUAGAAUAAUUCAAAUGGUAUACCUUAGUUUAUAUAAAAAUGUAUAUAUAUUAUGUUGAAUAUUUGUGCAAAAUACCCCAAUCCCUCUACAGAUAAACCUCCCUAUCUCUAAUCAGGAGCAUCUCAUUCAGGUAUAUGAGGUCUUUUCUUAUCCUAAUAAGUACAGUCCAACUAUGAUUUAAGGGACAAGUAGUUUGUUCCCAAGUGAAGUUUAAUUUAUCACAUAGGACGAGUGGAACUGCUUAAACUGUAAACUGAAAGCAAAUAUAAAGUCCCUGCCAUCUCUGCCAUCACUUUUUACAUCAGGCAGCUAAAACUCGCUGAUUGACAGCUCUGAGGGGUUGGCUUAGUACAGCUGCAAUUUCUGCAAUUUACUUUAUUUGUAAGACACUCUCAGAGAUAUGAGUUGGUGCAUGAUAGUGUGUGCAAAGUUGUAAUGUGCUUAAGCUGACACUUUACAUAAUAUUUGAGAACACAAUAGUAUCAGGUACUCAAACAGGUAUUCCUCACAUUGUAAUGGUAAAUUCCUAGGCCCCCUCUCCUUGCAGUAAACAGAUUAGUUUACUGUGCAGAACUAACACAGGAAGCACUUCUAGUGGCUGUCUGAGUGACUGCCACUAGAGGUGUUACUAGACAGCAAUGUAAACACCGCCUAUUCUCUAGACACCAGAACCACUAUAUUAAAGGGACACUCGAGUGCCAGGAAAACAAUCAGUUUACCUGGCACUGCAGGACCCCUCUCCCUCCCACCCCCCGUACCCGGUUGCUGAAGGGGUGGUUUCAUCUUGCCGCAGCUCCUCCUCUUCCUUACAUCAGCUGUUGGGCUAGACUGAUCCCGCCCGCCGAAUGAGGAGACCUAAUGCUUUUUUUAUGGGGAAUUGAGCGACGGUGGAGGUCCUCACACAGCGUGAGGACGUCACAACGCUCUAGCACAAAAAUCUGUGCCAUAGAGCAGGAAGUGCCCUCUAGUAGACAGCCACUAGGGGAGGAUUUAACCCUGCAUGGUAAUUAUUGCAUUUUAUAAAAAACUGCAAUAAUUACACUUGCAGGGUUAAGGGUAGUGGGAGUUGGCACCCAGACCACUCCAAUGAGCAGAAGUGGUCAGUGUCCCUUUAAGCUGUAGUGGUUCUGGUGACUAUAGUGUCCCUUUAAAUAAAAAAAUAUUUUGAAAAGCGAUUUGCAUGAAGGACAUUUAUUGUAACAAGGAUUACCAUGGAAAGAGAUCAAAAUCUAUACACUGAUUUCUCCAGUUUUGGCUAAGACACAGAUAUGUUGUGGGCUCUUUCUGUAAUGGCUCUGGCCACAUCUAGAUCUAAGAAUCUUUCCACCACUUUCAUAGGCAGACAUGUCUCCUUCGGGCUCAGAAUUUAUAAAUUCCUUUUAUUUAAAGAUAUUUUUAGGGAUUGGGGAAUAAAGGUAUAAAUGUUAACAAGCAUACUCUAAGCCGAAACUAGUGGAUAAAAUAUGAAAACCUAUAACUCUGUGAUAAAUAUUUCUCCUAAGUUUUGGUGGAAUCCCCCCAUCCUGAUGUAGUUCCUUCCGACAUCAGGGAUCUGUCCCCAGGGAGUACAGUGUUAGUGCAUCAUUAGAUGGGCCCGCAUGUUGUGGCAGGCACUUGGACCAUGUCAGUGAGCACUUCAGCAUGGUCCUGUAGGUUGUGGGCCGGCUGGAAAGCUGUUUGUCAGUCUGUCAUGCAUUAAACCAGGUAAAGUAAAAAAAAAGGAAUUUGUGACACACCCAGAACAUGAAUUUCCCAGGAAUGGUGCUGCCACCGAGAUCAAAAUGUAUACAUAAUACAGAUUAAGGGACACACACACAUAAAAUUACAGUUUUAAAUUAUAUAAGGCUACUAAAAAAUCACCUAUCUCCGCAAACAAAUAUGGGAAUUCAGUUCCACCAUACGGCCAUAUUGUGUUAAGCCAUCCCCUACUGAGGUGCUUGAUACCAGACUGACACAUAGCUUCAGUAACCCAUUUUCCAGCAGAUCUUCCCACUUGUAAGGUAGACGCCCAUUAUGGGCAGCACCAGUGAUAUUAGUUGCAUCACUGGUGAUGCCCCAAAGGCCUGCCCACCUGAACAGAUUCCGUAGCCGCCAAUGUUGGGAGGAAUGUACAGUUCAUUCAAAAAGUAUUGUUUUUAAAAACAUUUUGCAAUUUUAUGAUACAUUUGUAAAAAAAAUAAAUAAAAAAUACAUAAAUCUACACUAAAUACUCUAUUGACAAAAUACCACUAAAAAUAAAGAAAGCAGAAAAAAAUUAAAUAUAACAUUGACUUAAGUAUUCAGAACUUUGUAGGAACACUAUAGUGUCAGGAAUACCAACAUGUAUUCCUGACACUAUAGUGUUUAACUAACUAUUGAGGUUACUGGAGCCCCUCCAAUCGCAUGGAAAAUACUGCUCUGUGCCAAUCAGCAUCUCCUCAUAGAGAUGCAUUAAGUCCAUGCAUCUCUUUGUUGAGUGUUCAGCAUUCAACUUUCAGCAUUUACAGUGCACAGCAUACAGGGACAGGCAACAGACACCAGAACCACUAUAUUAAACUGAAUUGGUUCUGGUGACUAUAGUGCCUCUUUCAGUCAUCUGGAUCAUGGAUGGGGACUGUCAGUAGAUAUUUACAGGUCAUUGCAGAAAUGAUCGAUUGGAUUCAAGUCCAGGCUCUGACUUGGCUCCUUACAAAUAUUCAAAGCGGUUUCACUCAGUCAAUCUUAAACUAUCCUGGCUGUUGGAAGUUGAGCUUUAGGCCCAGUCUGAGGUCAUGGGCUCUCUGGACCAGACUUUCAUAAAAUAUUUCUGCAUUUUGCUGCAUUCAUCUUUCCUUCAACCCUGUCAAGUCUUCCAAUUCAUGCCACUGAAAAACUCCCCCAAGGCAUUAUGUCACAACCAAAUGAUGAAGGGUGCCUUCUUUCCUCCACACUUUGAAUUGAGGCUUCACAGUUCACUCUUUGAUCUAUUAGUCCAUAGAAUCUUGUUUCUCACAGUCUGAAAGUCCUUUAGGUGAUUUUUUGCAAAUUCCAAGUGGGCUUCUUUCAUAUGUCUGCAGUAAUGAGAGGUUUCUGUCUGGCCACUAUGCCAUAAAGGCCAGAUCGGUGGAUUAUGGUAGUGAUAGCUGUCCUUCCCAACAUUUCUCCUUUCUUUAUACAUGAUCUCUGGAGUUCACCGAGAGUGACCAUUGGUUUUUAGUUUUCUCUCUUACCAAAGCCUUUCUCCCCCGAUUGCCCAGUUUGGUUAGAAUGUCAGUUCUAGGAAGAGUCCUGGUUGUUGCAAACAUCUUCCAUUUAAGAAUUAAAAAGGCCAGUGUGCACUUGGGAAUCUUCAAUACAGCCAAAUCUUUUACUAGACUUCCCCAGAUCUGUGCUGAGAUAGUGACAAUAAUGUCCCAGAACUUUACAGGCAUUUGACCUCGUGGCUUGGUUUAAAUUCUGAUAUGCAUUUACAGCUGUAAGACCUUAUAGGGACAGGUGUGUGCCUUUCCAAACCUUGGAAAAUAACUUGAAUUUGCCACAGCUGGACUACAUUUCAAAGAUGAUCUAGAGAAAUGGGAUGCAUUUGACUUAUAUUUUCAAGUUUCAUGGCAAAGUGUUUGAAUACUUUGAAUGCUUACAUCAAUGUGAUAUUUCCGCUUUUUCUUUUUAAUAAAUUUUCUAAGUCUUAAAAAUUCUGGUUCUUGUUUUGUCAUUAAUGGGUAUUGAGUGUUGAUUAACGUGUAAAAAUAAAUGAACGAUUGUUGCUACAAAAAAUAAAAGGGGUGUAAAGUUCUGAAUGCAGUGUAUAUAGAAUAUUCUUCUGGCAUAAGUUAUUUAUAUAUAUAUAUAUAUAUAUAUACAAACUAUAAGGCUAUUGUGGUCAUAAAAUUGGCUUAAGACCAGCAGUUGAGUGAACCACUUUCCCAUCAAGACACAUUUAAUUCGAAAGAUAAAACAUUUUUCAUAUGAUAUCCCUUAUCUCGCAAUGUUUCAGAGAUUUCCUAAAAGAUUAUAAUGUAAAAAGAAAUACAAUUUUGUCAGAUACAGACAAAAUAAAUCUUAAAAUAGCCCACUUAUGUAUAUUUGUAGAAUCAUUUAUUUCUGGGAACAGAGCUUCUUAAAAUUUAUUCCAGAUUUUAAAAUAAUGCAUGUAUCGGUGUAUAAAGUACACUAAACUUGAGUACUGUGCAACCAUUGAAGUCUUCUAUUAUAUUUUGCAUGAAUCCCUUAUACUCACUGUGCUCCUUGUCCUUACCCUUUUCACAAGUUGCCAGAAUACAGCCUUAACAUUUGACCUACAAAGGUUUCUGUAGCAAGUAAUGGAAAGGUGUGGAGAGAUGCAAAGGAUUAUAAUGUAGACUCCUGGCAGAGAAAUGUGUUUAUCUAUAGGGGGAAAACAUUACAGAAUAAAUUGGACUUUAAGUGGGGCUUAGGGACAAAAUGUAUUUUCACAUUACUUUGCAAUGGAAAAUUAAAGAUAAAUAGGUAUACAUACUUGGAAGGUAGGGGUUAAAAUUUAUGUGGAGAAGAGCCAUGGCCAACCUGAAUAACCCAAGCUUUUCUUCCAUCAGAUUCUAUACGUUUAAUUAUUCCCAAAUAAUGUGUCAGAUCAAAUGUGAUACAAACUCAUUAUACAAAAAAAACACACAUUUUUUUGUAUGUACCCCAUAGAUAUGUUGCAUGCACCGAAAGAGCAUUGUUCUUUUACAAUCUAACCACAGCCUAUUUAUUGUAAAAACCAUCCACAUAUUCCCCAUGCAACUCCGCUAGUAAUGAACAUGCUGAAUUAUAUAUAUCAGAAGUACACUUAAAAGUACUAGCACACAGCCAAUUAAUUAGUUUACUGUUUUGUCUGUUGGCUUUGCUAUAAUCAAAGCCUAUGAAUAAUUAUAAAGAGAACUACGGGAAAGGUGGAGGCCUGAGAGACUUUUCACGAGAGAGAGAGAGAGAUAAUUGGAGAAAGUAAACAGGGGUGUAAAGGGGAGAGAGACAUAAUUAGAAUUGCCAAUUUAUAGUUUAGUGUGUUUGAAAUUACCAGACUAUGUAUUUAUUGUCGUCUUUAUAUCUUGUGCAUCACCAUAAAUAAUCACAUUUAAUCUAAUAACAUUACAUAACUAAAAAACAAAACCGAAAAAACAUUAGCCACAAAGGAAUAUACUGAGAAAAUGUAUUCCAAUGGCAAAGUAGUAUUUAUUUUAAAAAAAACAAAAAAAACCCACAAACAACAAAACACUUCACUUAUAUAUACACGUAAUAUAUUAUGUAUAGCCACCCGAAGAAUAAUGAAGGCAGAAAGUAAUUUGUUAUAUACUAAUUGCCAUUAAAAUUAUUAUUUUCUUGGUAUGUUUUACGUUUUGGAAUUAGAGUUGGCUUUAUGUUUGUGUAUGAUAAGUAAGCAUAUGGUUUUAUUUGUAUGGAAAAUUGUGUGUGUUUUGAGAGUUUACGUUUCACUCCAUUAAUGGACAAUCUGCCGUAGUUUCUAUCCGGUGAAUCUUCACACAUCUUUCCAUUACAUCAAACUCAAAUAGAUGGCGUUUAUUAACCAGAGCGCUUUUAUCAGUAAACACACUUUGCAUUAAUUUUCAAAGGUGGUUAGAGGAACUCUGACCUGCAUAAUAUAAGUCCUACUUUAAUCUUCUAAUAAUUUAAUCUAUAACUGGCAGCAAAUAUAUAAACGACUGGCUAUUUAAAAAUAGACGUAUUAACCCUUCUGCUUUUAGCUCUUGCUACCCAGUUAGCCUCACAAAUAUUCUUCUUGCAUUUCAUCCUGAUGCUAAGCUAAUCGGUCCAGAGCCCAAAAGCAGGAAGGUGUUAUUGCAACGGAUGCUGGAUAAGGGGAAAGCAUUUACAGAUAUGCUAUGCUAUGAAUUGCGUGAUCAUACCCAUAUGUAGAUGCAGCAAUAAAUGCUGCUUCUUUAUAUUCGGUCAUCUGCAUAUCUUUUGGCCAUGUGGAUUUUUUUUUCAUCUUACUGACAACCAAAAUUUGAGUUUUCCUAUGCAUGUACAUCUUAGACAGUUAAUUAGGAAUAGUACUUUUAACUUUCUUGUAGUCGCAUGAAAUGCCAUGGCAUUUUUACGAAUUGAUUUACCGAAAUGAAUUAUUGAAUCAUUUUGUCUUGAGAAUCUACUGAAAAAAGCACUUAGUUUUGAAUGUAUCAAUGAGUUGCAUGAGAGCUAUAAUCUAAAAGGAAUCAAUUCUCACCCGAGGAAAAAAAAAAAAAAGGAAAUAUUAAAAGGCUUAAGCUAGAUAAUAUAAUUAUAUGGGCUCCUUUUACUGCAUGUAGUUGCACAGCCCUCCAUAUAUAUGAAUAUUAGUGAUAUAAUGAGAAAUAUAUUCCUCUUUGUCUAGCAAACCGAGCACAAGACAGUUUUUACAUUAUUGUGAUCACAUUACCAGUAAAAUGAAGUAUAAACUAUCAGAUCAAUGAAAUCAAUUAACUCUGUGUUUGGACAACACUUUAGAAGAGCCGUUAUCAAAGAAUAGAUGUUUUAUUUCUGACGUGAUAAUUAACAUCGAGAGUGCCUCUAGCAGAGAAGGAUUAAGAUCCUACAGGGCCCUAGGCAAGUUAUCGGUUUGACCCAUUCGUUCUUCAAAUAGGAAUGGUAAACAAGGCCAGGAAAAUGUAUAAUUUCAGGAUCCCUAAUCACCGUAAUCAAUCUAGAUAUGUUGAUUUCCACAAUGUAAUUUAUACCAAUUUGGUUUCUCUUAUGUUAUUAGAAAUAGACCUCCUUGUGCUUUUAGAUGGCCGCCAUCUUUAUUUACAAUAACAAUAAGGCUAUAUAGUGUUAAUGCAACAUUUAUAUGUGAAGUUUCAUUUUUUUUGCUUUUGUUUUGUUUUCACCCGCACAGGUAUAUCGGUAAGUGUGUCAACAUUUAAUCUGGUGGCCAUAUCUCUGGAAAGAUACAGUGCUAUUUGUAAGCCUUUGCAGUCACGAGUAUGGCAGACCAAAUCACACGCACUGAAGGUAAUUGCCGCAACGUGGUGCCUUUCUUUCACAAUCAUGUCACCCUACCCAAUAUAUAGCACUUUGGUGCAGUUUCCAAAAUCCCAAAAUGCAACGGGCAACAUGUGUCGUCUUCAGUGGCCUAGCGACCUCACUCAACAGUCUUGGUAAGAAAUGUUUUAUUAUUUCCAAAGCCUGUCCUAACAAUGAUAAUGACUAACUAUAAGUGGGAGCUACUUUCCCUUUUUUUGCUGCUUUUCACAUCUUAAAGGAACACCCAAACACCAUAACCACUGACUGCAGUGGUUUUGGUACCGUGAGUAAGUCCCAUGGUAAGUAAGCAAAUUGGUCACCUCCUCCAGUAGAGUAGAAAGCUCUCUACAUUGUGCUAGACCUGCAGACUCUCCUGGAGGCUGUGACUAGUACCUAGAGGACACCAGGUAAGUUGUCAAACUACUCUCAAAUGAUUUAAUUACUUACCCCGGGAGAAUGUCAGUGCACACUUGGCACCAUAACAACUACAAUGUACCUGUAAAUGUUCACUUGUUUUGAAAAUUGUGUGUGUAAAUUUCAAAUUGACUGACUGACUUAGGGGGGAAAUUAUAUUUGCCUUCAGUGGUAUAGAAAUAUAUUUUUCCAAUACAACUCAGCAAGUAUAAGAGUAAGAAAAACUCAGUCUCAAAAAUUUGACAAAAGUCUCACUGUGUCUCAGUAUGAUAUGCACGAAAUGGACUAUAACAGUGAUUGCUAACUUUUGUUGCUUUAGCCGUUGUUUAGUAAGGUUUGCAUGAGUCAGCUGUUCAACUUGCUAAGCAUCAUGGGAGACAUGGCUUACAAUGGCUGGUUGAGAUGGUUGGGAUGCCAUCAGUGCAUCUCUAUGAGGAAAAUUCAGCGUCUCCAUGCAGAGCGUGGGGACGCUGAACAUCAUGGCUGCUUACUGUGCAGCCCUGAGCCAGGAAGCCCCUCCAGUGGCCAUCUGAGGAGUUGCCACUUGGAGGCGUCUCUAGGGGCAAUGUAAACACUGGCUUUUCUCUGAAAAGCAUUAAGCUGUAGUUGUUUUGGUGACUAUAGUGUCCCUUUAAGGGUGAGCCUGCAUGUCACAUGUACAUAUUGAUGUAUAAGCUGAUCUCUGUCCAUAUUUCACCCAUAUUUGUUUUUAAUAAUGUGAUAGUUAAUAACUGAACAAUACUCCUAUAUAUUAUCAAAUUGGUUAUCAUGGCCUUUAAUGUAUAACUCAGACUGUAGUUACAGUACACACGUUAUCCUAUACAGUGCAAUAUCCCGCUGUUUGCCUUACUGUAUUUAAUUAAUUAAAAGAACUUCAAAGAGGGAAUGCUGGUUAACCAAGGUUAUGUCUCCCACUCAUUUGUCAUCACUGGUUAUUAUUUUCCUGUCUGUCUUUGAAUAAUACUGAACGCCCUCUGUUUUAUUUGAUCAUAUGGUUUCAGUAAUCAUACAUCCAUCUUUUUUUCUGUAGUAGUUACAUUUAACAUGUUUCUGGUUUGCAAUUAUUUUUAUUAUGUUGUUGCCUCAGUGCUCAUUACGUUUUUAACAUUACAUAACAAUCAUAAUAAAUGUGUCUAUUCCCCUCAAAUGUACAUUGUGUUUUAAUGGUUCGUUUAAAAAUAAUGACCAUGUUUAUUGACUUCAUUUUGACCACAGAAAGCUGAUAGUAAUUACUUUAAGUCCCCGGAUUUAAAGUGGCCCCCACCGGCUCUUGUCAUUAAUAUUACUGGUUUUAUUUGUUCUGCUGGUUACAAUACUGUUGCUUAGCAAAGUGUUCAGUGUAUCUGUGAUUGUCACAAUGAACCAUUUAAGUGCCAAGGCAGCUUUAAAUCUGUACACGUUAGAGACCAUGUCACUUUAAAUCAUUAUCUGUUACGUCAAAUCAUAUAUCACUAUGGACAGGGUUCUAUUCAUGUGAAAUCUGUAUGUUGGUAAUUGUAGGACAAGUUUUUUUUGUUAUUAAAAACACAGGUCCAAACUGACAUAGGGGCUGCUGGAACCGCAGCUCCAGAUCGAGUCCUUGUAAAAGGCCCAAGAUGAAAUGAAAGGAAUGCAACAUUGUCAUUAAAACCCACACACUUUCACCUACCAGGGAAUCCCUGUGCUGAGAUUGCUAAAAUAGGAACAUCCUUUGGAGAUCAACAGACUGUACACAUUUCUUUUACCCUUCCAGCACUACUUCCCAAGGGACAGCGAUGGCUUAGCAUUGACACUGCUUUUGCGAACUACACUUUCUUAUGAUCUUAAAGCAGCUAAAGGUUGUCUUGGCCUAAACACUAUGGUAAAUGCAUCUCCUAGUAGUAGUGAUUAUUAUUAUUAUUAUUAUUAUUAUUUUAUUAUAUAUAUAGCGCCAACAAAUUCCGUAACGCUGUACAAUGGGUGGACUAACAGACACAUAAUUGAGAUCAGACCACUGACGUACAGGAACAGAGGGGGUUGAGGACCCUGCUCGAUGAGCUUACGUGCUAGAGGGGGUGGGGUAUAGUGACACAAAGGGUUAAAGUAGGGGAAUUAAAUAGUUUGUUACAGAAGGGUUUAUUGAGUGCUUGGUAGGUCAUUUUUGACAGGUGCAGGAACGGAGUCGUGGGGGAUGAGAAACCUGCUGACUGUUUAAUUGAUACGCUUUAAUGAAGUGAGUUUUCAAAGAUUUUUUGAAGGAGUGGAGGCUGGGUGAAAGUCUGAGGAGGGAAGGGAGUUCCACAGAAUAGGUGCAGCCCUGGAGAAGUCUUGAAGGCGAGCAUCAGAGGUGGGGAUCCGGGCAGAGGAUAGGCGUAGGUCUUGGGCUGAGCGCAGGGGUCUCGACGGGACAUACUUGUGUAUGAGGGAGGAUAGGUAUGUUGGAGCAGCAUUAUGUAGGGAUUUGUAAGCAAGCGCCAGAAUUUUGAAUUGGGCCCUAUGUCUAACUGGAAGCCAAUGCAGGGACUGACAGAGCGUGGAAGCAUGGGAGGUGCGACCGGACAGGAAAAUAAGCCUUGCAGCCGCAUUCAUUAUAGAUUGCAGCGGUGCAAGCUGGGAACAUGUAAGACCAGUGAGAAGGGGAUUGCAAUAGUCAAGACGAGAGAGAACAACAGCAUGAACCAGUACCUUAGAUAUGGGCGGAUGCGCGCUAUGUUCUUGAGUUGGAAGCGACAGGAUUUGGCUAUCGAUUGAACAUGGGGAGUAAAAGAGAGAUCAGAAUUAAAAAGAACCCCUAGGCAGCGAACCUGGGAGGUAGAGGUGAUAGUAGCGCCGUUGACUUGGAUGGAGACAGACACAGGAGUAGCAGCACUUGAGGGAGGAAAAACUAGAAGUUCUGUUUUGGACAGGUUGAGUUUAAGGAAGCGAGCAGCCAUCCAGUUGGAAAUAGCAGAGAGGCAGUCAGAAACACGAGUCAAGGUGGGUGGAGAGAGAUCAGGGGAGGACAGGUAGAUUUGCGUUUCAUCUGCACAUAAAUGGUAUUGGACGCCAAAGGAGCUGAUGAGUUUACCAUGGGAGGCAGUAUAGAUAGAGAACAGUAGGGGGCCAAGGACAGAACCUUGGGGGACGCUGACAGGGAGGGGUUGGGGAGAAGAGGCAGAGCCAGAGAAAGAAACACUGAAAGAGCGCUGGGAGAGGUAGGAGGAGCACCAGGAGAGAGCAGUAUCCCAUAGACCAAAGUUACGGAGAAUGUGAAGAAGCUGUUGAUGAUCAACAGUGUCAAAGGCGGCAGAAAGAUCAAGGUGGAUUAGGAUAGAGUAUUGGCCGCGAGAUUUAGCAGCAAUUAAAUCGUUGGAUACUUUGGUCAGAGCAGUUUCGACAGAGUGACCAGCGCGGAAUCCAGACUGAAGGGGGUCAAGCAGAGAGUUGGAUUCGAGAAAGUCUGUCAAUCUGGCGUAGACAACUCUCUCGAGGAUCUUGGAGGCAAAUGGCAGUAGCGAGAUAGGGCGGUAGUUGGAUGGGGAGUUGGGAUCAAGGUUGGGUUUUUUCAGAAUUGGGGUUACGGUUGCAUGUUUGAAGGCAGAGGGAAAUGUGCCAGAGGAAAGGGAGAGAUUGAAAAUGUUAGCUAACCAUAACUGGUUAUUCGAAGUUGAUAUCACUAGUGAGCAGUGUGGAGACCUAACCCUGCAAGUGCUGAUGAUUAUAACAAAGGGUUUAGAAAGGAAAGUGUACUUUACUUGAAUGUGAAGCAUGUUUGUUUUAUAGGAAAAUAGUGGGUAGGGGAUAAAUUAAAGCUUUAACAGCAUGUUUGGUGGUAUGAUCGUGUGAUAGUAUGAUAGUGUGAUAGUAUGAUAGUCCACACAAGGAGAGGUAAGGUGAACCCUAGGUAUAGGUUGGUGUUUCAAACUUAUAUAAUAGGUUAUCAGGACUUACCAGUAAAUUUGUAUUUGCAAUAAGAGGUUGUAGAGAGAGUCAAGGAGAAAAGUGAAAUAUAGCAUGUAUGGCAGAUUUUUACACAAUUUGCUAAGUAAGUUAAUUUGUGCCUCAGGAAAAUCUCUUUAUAGAAUAUUAUCCGGUGAAGCUGUUGUACUUGUGUGUUUGUGCAAAUGAGAGAGUUUGUUUAUAAAGGGAAUUGUGGGUAAGUAUGUGGAAAGGAAGUUCUGUUUGUGUUAUCUGAGUAAAUGGAAUUGAUGUGUGUUUUGAAGGAGCUUUGCUGAUGUGUACCUGUGUGCUAUGGUUGUGGAAAAGGAACUGGCAGUAUUUGUAUGUGUGGAAAAGAAGUGGUAUGUCCAUUUGUGGAACAGUAAUUGGUCACGUAUGUGUAUUAUUGUAUGUAUUGUUGUAUGAAAAGAUAAUUGAUGUUAUGUUUAUAUUUUUAAAGGGUAAUGGUGGUGUGUGUGUGUGUGUAGUUAAGGACUUAGCAGUGUAUCUAUAUGUGGAGAAGAAACUUGUAUCUGUGUGCAAUAGAGGAAUUGUUGGUGGGUAAGUUUCUGAGCAGAGUCUGUAGAGGAAUUGGUGGUGUAUGUGGAAAGGAAACUUAGAAAAAGAAACUUUUCAUUUUUCCAGAAAUGUUUGGUAUGAUUGACUUUUUUUAGAUCAGAAAGCCAACAGCAUUUGCCAAAAAAUAGGAGGAUAAAAAGUUACACACAGAAAUAAAUUCAAUUUAUAUUUCUAAAAUGUGCCAACCGUUCAAAUUUUUUUUUUAGCAAAUGUAAUAUUUUAAAUUGCAUAGUUGGCACAUCAAAAAACAAUAAAAUGGCAAGUGUCUGCAUAAUGUUUAUUAUCAUUAGUGGUAGUAACAGUGGUAGUAGAAGUAACAGUAGUAGUGUGGCGAAAGUGACCUCGCCACUGGUUUUUGGAGCGGACUACUUGCCAGCCCUUUACCCUGUGACUAUGGCCCCUUUCAUUUAUUGUGGUUUAGAGACCCUAUUUGUGGCUAUUGGGACUUUAAACAAUGGUUCUUCGAACUCCCGAACAGUCGAAGUGGCCACCAUUCGAACAUGUGAUGGCAGCCAUCUUGUUUGCAUGGACCAAAACCGCUAAAAGACUUCAGGGGGACUUAGCCGCAAAUGCCCCGGAACUAUUUUCGGCAUUAAAACCUCGCGGUUCCCGGUCGGUCCUCCAGCGGCACUUAGCUGCAAUUCUAUGGAACUGUUUUGGGCAUAAAAUCCUCUGUUCGCCUGGGCAAAACUAUGACUUCCAUAAAAUUUCUGAACCCCUGAUCUGAUCUGGGUGAUUUUUUGAUAUGUUGGUCACCCAGAUCAGGGCUAUCAUGGGAUGUAAGAAUGGGAAUAUGUUGUGUUUUAGGGUUCUUAUUGGACUUGUCGUAGGUCCAGCGUGGGUAGGAGACGGCGAGUUCCCAGCCAAGCUGUAACGCUGGAUGUGGGGACUGCAGUGAUGAUGGUGUCUGGUGGUGUGCUUUGAGUCCUCGGUGAGCACUAGGAGCAUCCGUCAGCGGAGGUACCCUACCGGGGUAUAGAAAGCUCCGUUACAAGUAGUAGUAAUAUUUUAAAGCACCAACUAUUUUAAUUUGGAAACAUUACAGAAAACAAAUAAUAAACAGACUAUAAAAUGUUAACAAGAAACAAGAGGUUAUUGGGAACCUUAAACAAGCUUACUGUUUCCAGGGCAAUAUUAAAAUUGAAAAAAAAAGUUACAUUGCAUAUAUUUUUCUAUUAUUAAUACAUAACUUGCAGGAAUAGUAAAGGGGUUUAACUUAAAGGACCACUACAGUGCCAGGAAAACAUACUCGUUUUCCUGGCACUAUAGUGCCCUGAGGGUGCCCCCACCCUCAGGGACCCCCUCCAGCCCGGCUCUGGAAGGGGGAAAGGGGUAAAAACUUACCUUUUUCCAGCGCUGGGCGGGGAGCUCUCCUCCUUCUCUCCUCCUCUGUUCCUCCUCCUGGGCUGAAUGCGCACGCGCGGCAAGAGCUGCGCGCGCAUUCAGCCCGUCGCAUAGGAAAGCAUUUACAAUGCUUUCCUAUGGACGCUGGCGUGCUCUCACUGUGAAAAUCACAGUGAGAAGCACGCAAGCGCCUCUAGUGGCUGUCAAUGAGACAGCCACUAGAGGGAAUAGGGGGAAGGCUUAACCCAUUAAUAAACAUAGCAGUUUCUCUGAAACUGCUAUGUUUAUAAAAAAAAUGGGUUAACCCUAGAAGGACCUGGCACCCAGACCACUUCAUUAAGCUGAAGUGGUCUGGGUGCCUAGAGUGGUCCUUUAAUGCUAUUUCUUCUCUUCAAAUAUUAUACAGCUGUUUUAAGAAAUAUAGAAGCUUUUUAUGUAAACAUAUAGAAAGAUGAAUUCAGGUACUCGACAUACCAAAUACUAAAAGAAUGUAAAAAAUACAAUUAUCUGCACAUGGGACAGUGAGGUGGGUGAGAGGGGAGUGACAUCAUAUAGAGCAGUGCUUCUCAACCCUCUCCUCAAGGCACACCUAGCAGUCCAGGAUUUAGGUAUUACCCAGGUGUGUCUAAGGUGUUUAGGUUUUUUUAAACACCUUAGACACACCCAGGUAAUCCCUGUUAGGUGUGCCUUGAGGAGAGGGUUGAGGAGCACUGGUAUAGAGUAUCUCUGCAAGGAGUAGAGGAUUACCCAGUUCAUAGGCGGAGAGGUAUAGUGUCUAUGCAGUGGGCAGUGGACUAUACAGUUUAUAGGCUGAGAGGUUUUUGUUUCUUAGCUGGGUGAGGCACUGUGUGGAAGGAGCUAGAACAUCAGGAGGGUUAGAUGUUAUAUUGUUUUCUAUGUUAAAUAUGUAAAUAACUUAUCAACUCUGUACACAUGCUGGUAGAUAGGGAGUUAAUGCAGGUUUCAUAUUGUUAAAAGCACAAAUCUUUUAGAUGGCCAUUUGAGAGUAAAGCUACAAAGACAUCAGACAUAUUUCCAAGCCUUAAGUAACAGUUAGUCACAAAUUAUACCAAAAAGCAUCUAUAUUAAGACUGACUUUUAGAACGUUGUGACGUAAUUCUUUUCAGAAACCGACAGCUGCAACUUUCUACUAAAUAAUUAGGUGGUUGUUAUUUUCACAAACAGAAAAAAAACCAAUAUUUUAUAGCUCACACAAUUGCAAAAGAAUUGUCUGCAUAUUACAAGCUUCAGAAAUUCCCAAAUUAAUUAUUCAAAACACAAACUCUGUGGAACCCACAAUUUUUGCAAGCUACAGGUGAAGCUAAACCACAGACCUUGUACUUUGAACAUUGAGCAAGUAUAGUGGUUUGGAAAAGAGGUCAACAGGUGGCUUCUACUAACAUGGCUGUUAGUGUUAUACAGAUUGUCGAGUUGGUAUAAAAAAUGGGCUAUCUCUGGAAGAUUUUCUGCUAUGACCCUAAUUAUGCUCCUUAUUGAAACAUUCUUUUCUACCUGACUGAGAACAACAGAAGGAAGGGCUGCGCCUCAAAUAGAUACCAAAUUAUGUAAACGUCUAUUAGCCAGGGAUAAAUAGAGACUAGAAAGAGAAAUAGCAGAGAUGGAGGAUUGAUCGCCUCAUACAGAGACCGGGCUGAUCACCUCCAAGCCACCCCAAAACAGCGUCUCAAAAAUAAUAAACAAUUUUAUUGGGAAAAACCUUAUUAAAAUCAAAGAAGGAAAACACAUCUAUCUAUAGAUAAAAUAAAUAAAGCUCAAUAUAUACAGAGUAUGGCUGAUAUAUAUAUGUAUAUAUAGUAUAGUAUGUCAAAUACCUAUAGGUAAGGUAUAGUACAUAUAUAAAUACAUAAGAACCAUAGACUGUGCAAUGCAAGCCCGAUACAGAAUAUAGAAUAUGGCUAAAAUAUAAGUAUAAUACUAUAAUAAGUACCUGUGCAAAAAAAUAAUAAUAAUAAAGAGUAGAUACAAUAGUAAAUAUGAAAAACCAAAAAUUCUGCACUUAAAAAACUAAUCGCUGCAGAGUAUGGUUAACCAUAUCAGAGUGUGGCAAAAUCAUUAUGAAGUGAAACAGUGUAAGCCACAAUAGUAGCCAAAGGCUCUGCUGCUGUACCUACAGGGUUAAGUUUUGAAUGGAAAUCGAAAGGAUAGAAGAGGGCAUAAAUUAAAGGAGAAAAAUAAAGCAGAAAGACCUGAUUAUAGAUCUACAUACAGGAAAACUAGGUCUGAGUGCCUAAUCCCGAUAACCAGCCCACCUAUCACUAAAUAAGAAAACCAGAGCUGCAAAAACGCUCAGUACCACUAAACCAUACUGUAAGGUACAAAGAAAAAACAAAAUAAACUUGAUUAGCUAUAUAAAAUAGCCCAUAGCCCAACGCGCGUUUCGGUGGAUUAACCACCUUUCUCAAGGGCACAAAGUAAAAUGAGGCAAACAGAACAAUCCCCCCUUACUCCAUUUAAACGUUGAUAGUACCUCCCAGUUCAUCUGAUUCGUCCAUAUGUCGGCUCCAUCUCAGAGGAGGAGGGACAGGGAUAGCCGCUCGUAUCACAAGUCCGUGCGCAUACCUGUCCACGCGCAGGCGCGCCGACUUAGUGUCAGGCUAAGUAUCAGGAAGAACCGCGCAUGUCAUAGAGCCGCGCAUGCGCAUAACAUAAAACCCGAUUACAGGGUCAGUCCGUGCGCAUGCGCGAAUGUGUACAUAGUAAACUUAGCGUACACAAUGUUAUACAUAUGCCGGUAUAAAUAACAAGUCCUAAAGAACGGAGUGCUACAUUAGUAGCAUUCAGAAGAGUGGAGUAAAAGGGGUAGAAAGUUCAAAAAACAUAUAUAAAUGAAUCAUCAAACGAAAAAGAAUAACAGAAGAAAGAUAUUAAGUUCCCAUCAUAUUUAGAGUUAAUCACAAGCAUACAUUGUAAAGAGACAAAAGAGUGGUAUUAUAAACACUAAUAACUAAUAAAUAAAGUAGAAUAAAAUAAAGUAAUAGUAAUAGGCUGAAAGAAAAAGAUAUAUACAUAAUUGUAUUCAUUGUCCAAUGAUUACAUACUAGAAUACAGACGACAGAAUCCCUAUCAAUCUAUAGUCAUUCACAUAGUCUAUAACUAUAUUAGAUUGGUGCAGGGAAGUGUAUAUAAGUAUAUAUGUAUACAUAGAAAAAUACAUACAUGUGUAUAAAUAUAUAUAUAUACAGUACAUUGUUCAAAAAGGCUUCCUCUGAGAAGCGGAUUAUAUGAAAGGGGCAAAAGAAAAGCCCUCAUUAAGACCUAGAGGUUGGAGUGUCUUAAGUUCGUAUAUCCAUCUUGACUCUCUCUGUCUUAAUAUUUUAUCAUAAUCUCCACGUCUCAAAGUCCUUUUAACCAACUCCAAACCACAAAACCUAAGAUUAUUGGAAUUCCCCUGGUGAUGUUCUUUAAGGUGUCUCGAUAUGGGUGUCUCGAGGCGAUUUCUAGGAGAUCUCACAUGCUCCAUAAUCCUAUCCUUAAAGGCCCUAAAGGUUUUUCCCACAUAUUUCUGUCCACAUGUGCAAGAUAAUAAAUAUACAAGGCCCUUCGUAUUACAAUUGAAGAAGCUUUUGACUUGGAAGGAAUCACGUCCCUGACUGUCCUUAAUAGUCUUAGAGUCCCUAAGGAUAAAUUUACAGGCUACGCAUCUACCGCACCCAUAUGUACCAAUUGGGGGGGUACCAAGCCAAGUGGCGCGUUGUUGUGGUUUCAUGGAGAAAUGGCUAGGAACCAAUAAAUCACGAAUGUUCCGUCCACGUCUGGAUGUAAUGUUAACAUGUGGGCUUAGAGUAUCUUUGAGAUGCACAUCAUUGAGCAGGAUGGGCCAGAAACGUUCAAGUGAUUUCCGAACUUCUGGCCAUCCCACAUCAAAUGUUGCUAUCAUGCGAAUAUUUCCAACGUCCUGAUUAGUGUCCAUUUUUGGACGAUCACACAAUAACUCACUCCUCUCAGUCUGGAGUGCUCUUUUGUAGGCCCUUUUUAAACAACGAUUCGGGUAACCUUUCUCCUUAAAAUGUUGCCGAAGUUGUUUCGCCUUGAUUAUAAAAUCCUGGGUGUCACUACAGUUUCUCCGGAGGCGAAGAUAUUGGCCUACCGGUAUACCCUCUUUGAGGGGACGCGGAUGAUGGCUAGUCCAGUGUAGAAGGGAAUUAGUUGCUGUAGGUUUACGAAACAGCGUAGAAUGGAAUGUACCAUCUUCACUGAUACUAAUGGUGACAUCAAGAAAAUUUAUAGAACGUCCUCCGAAUUCAGAUGUGAAUCGGAGGUUUUCAUCAUUUUGAUUAAGGAGUGUCACCAUAUCCUGAAAUUCACCAGGGGUACCUUGCCAGACGAUCAGGAUAUCGUCGAUAUAUCGACCCCACCACAGGACCUUAGAUAGGUGUCCACUUAACUUGUCUGAGUGGCGCACCUGUUCUUCCCACCACCCCAGGUGGAGGUUUGCAUAUGAGGGGGCACAAGCCGUCCCCAUGGCAGUACCCCUCACCUGGUGGUAGAACCGGUUGUUAAACAAAAAAUAGUUGUGUGAUAAAAUGAACUUAAGAAGGCGUAGAAAAAAAAUCGUAUAAGGGUCAUCACUUGAGACUUUUUGAGUAAGAAAGAAACUCACAUGAUCUAGACCUCUGUCAUGAGGUAUAGAUGAAUAUAAGGAUUCAACAUCCAGACUGCAUAGUUGGGCGGUGGAGGAGAAUUUAAGGUUAGCCAAUUUAAUAAGUGCCUGUUUAGUAUCCCUGAUGUAUGAGGGUAGAGUUUCGACAAAAGGUCUUAAAACUUUAUCAAUAUACAGACUACCAUUUUGCGUAAGGUUAUCGACCCCAGAAACUAUGGGGCGCCCAGGGGGGGUCUCUAGAUUCUUGUGGAUCUUCGGCAGGCAGUAGAAGGUUGCUAUCUUGGGGUGACGAGUGAGAAUAAAUUCAAACUCGUCACCCGACAGCAACCCCCCACUGCGGCCCUCAUCCAGGAUCUCUUUGUACAUAGAGAGAAAGGCAUUAGUGGGAUCUUGCUUAAGGACUAUAUAUGUCUCAGUGUCCUUUAGGACUUGUUCCGCCAUUUCAAGAUAUUUUUCCACAUCCAUCACAACGAUAUUUCCCCCCUUAUCGGCGGGUUUAAUGAUGAUAUCAAUAUCAUCUUGUAAAGUUUUUAAAGCACGUUGUUCCUGUUUUAGGAGAUUAUCACGUGAAUGGAUGCGGAGAGAUUUAAGGUUGAUUUUUUCGAUUUCAGUUUUGGCUGCUUCCAAAAAAAGUUCGAUAUUCCUAUAGCUCGAAAAGUUUGGUGUGAAGCGACUCUUGGAUUUUAAACCUGUACGAUUUGGUGUAAUAUUAGAGUCAUUUUCAUCCAAUAGAGCUAGCAAAUUAGUGAGACAUUGAAAGUCACUUGAUGCAAGUCCCAAAUCUUUUGCCCUUCUUUCAUUUUGUAUAGAAUGGAAUUUAUAUAACGCCAGUUUCCUAACAAAGAGAUUGAGAUCCCUUAUCCAACCAAACUUAUCAAAUGGUGGUGUAGGUACAAAUGAAAGACCCCUCCCCAGAACAGCUUCUUGGUCCAAAGUUAGACUUCGGGAAGAGAGGUUGACUAUCUGGGAUUUACGUUCUAAUAUAUGGAUAUCACCUAGAACCUCUUCCUCCUCCCCCCUCCUCUCGGAUUGCGAGUCUGAUAGCGCGUCCGUAGGCUCGGGAAUUCUUCCUGAUAGCCUGGCGCUAAAAAAUUAACCCCUUUCUUUAAAAUCCCUUUGGGGUUAGAAUUACUUGUGGGUAGGCUGGACUGGGACACAUUAUCAACUACACUACUUAGAGUCUGACUCCCAGAAUCUGUGUCGGAUGAGUCAUAUUCUGAAGUCAAACCAUUAUCGGAAGUACGUCGUACUCUACGAUUAAAAAAUUUGUAUACAUUCCCUGCUUGAUAAUCAUUGGAGUCCCUUAGGAAUUUAUCAUGUUUCCUAAAUUUCACAGACUCCUGGUAUUUAUCCAGGUUCUGCUUUAAUCUAGAUUCAAGGAAAGUGAAAUUAGGAUCAUUUUGAAAUUGUUUAAUUUCCUCAAGUUCUCCAUCCAAGUCUGUAUUCACUUUCUUAAGUUGUUCCUGUUCGAAUUUGCAGAUAAUCUGCAUAAAUGUUUUAGAGCAGGUGCCAGCCGCGGCUUCCCAUUCCUUCAUCAGAUCUGCAUUGUCUGUAUAGGAUGAGGGAAUGUUCCGCACUCUAAGGCCUCUUGGGAUCAUUUCUUUACUCAUGUAGUUUUCAAGUGAUGAAAUUUCCCAACAGGUUCGGAUCUGUUUUUUAUAUAGAUUAUGUAAUUUAUUGAAUGAUUUAUUAAUAUUAGGAGUAGUCGUAUUAAAGUCUAGUUUGGUGUUAGAGAAUACAUUUUCUGCAUCUCUACACCAGACACUGCUCUCAAUUUUAUUGGAUAGAAAACCAGCCAUAGUGAAAAAAUAAUAAUAAAGAAAAAUUAGUACAAAUUGUUAUAAUAACCACUCUAUAAUCACCCUGGUAUUAAAACCUGAUAGAAUAAUUUAAAUAAAUAGUACUACCUAGUUAGACAGCCCAACUUGGAGUACCGAAAAAUGGGUGAAUGGGGUGGCAAAAGGGCAUAACCCUAUAAUAGAUACAGAAAGAGAAAUAGCAGAGAUGGAGGAUUGAUCGCCUCAUACAGAGACCGGGCUGAUCACCUCCAAGCCACCCCAAAACAGCGUCUCAAAAAUAAUAAACAAUUUUAUUGGGAAAAACCUUAUUAAAAUCAAAGAAGGAAAACACAUCUAUCUAUAGAUAAAAUAAAUAAAGCUCAAUAUAUACAGAGUAUGGCUGAUAUAUAUAUGUAUAUAUAGUAUAGUAUGUCAAAUACCUAUAGGUAAGGUAUAGUACAUAUAUAAAUACAUAAGAACCAUAGACUGUGCAAUGCAAGCCCGAUACAGAAUAUAGAAUAUGGCUAAAAUAUAAGUAUAAUACUAUAAUAAGUACCUGUGCAAAAAAAUAAUAAUAAUAAAGAGUAGAUACAAUAGUAAAUAUGAAAAACCAAAAAUUCUGCACUUAAAAAACUAAUCGCUGCAGAGUAUGGUUAACCAUAUCAGAGUGUGGCAAAAUCAUUAUGAAGUGAAACAGUGUAAGCCACAAUAGUAGCCAAAGGCUCUGCUGCUGUACCUACAGGGUUAAGUUUUGAAUGGAAAUCGAAAGGAUAGAAGAGGGCAUAAAUUAAAGGAGAAAAAUAAAGCAGAAAGACCUGAUUAUAGAUCUACAUACAGGAAAACUAGGUCUGAGUGCCUAAUCCCGAUAACCAGCCCACCUAUCACUAAAUAAGAAAACCAGAGCUGCAAAAACGCUCAGUACCACUAAACCAUACUGUAAGGUACAAAGAAAAAACAAAAUAAACUUGAUUAGCUAUAUAAAAUAGCCCAUAGCCCAACGCGCGUUUCGGUGGAUUAACCACCUUUCUCAAGGGCACAAAGUAAAAUGAGGCAAACAGAACAAUCCCCCCUUACUCCAUUUAAACGUUGAUAGUACCUCCCAGUUCAUCUGAUUCGUCCAUAUGUCGGCUCCAUCUCAGAGGAGGAGGGACAGGGAUAGCCGCUCGUAUCACAAGUCCGUGCGCAUACCUGUCCACGCGCAGGCGCGCCGACUUAGUGUCAGGCUAAGUAUCAGGAAGAACCGCGCAUGUCAUAGAGCCGCGCAUGCGCAUAACAUAAAACCCGAUUUUAUAUUUAAUAUUGUUUAUUAUUUUUGAGACGCUGUUUUGGGGUGGCUUGGAGGUGAUCAGCCCGGUCUCUGUAUGAGGCGAUCAAUCCUCCAUCUCUGCUAUUUCUCUUUCUGUAUCUAUUAUAGGGUUAUGCCCUUUUGCCACCCCAUUCACCCAUUUUUCGGUACUCCAAGUUGGGCUGUCUAACUAGGUAGUACUAUUUAUUUAAAUUAUUCUAUCAGGUUUUAAUACCAGGGUGAUUAUAGAGUGGUUAUUAUAACAAUUUGUACUAAUUUUUCUUUAUUAUUAUUUUUUCACUAUGGCUGGUUUUCUAUCCAAUAAAAUUGAGAGCAGUGUCUGGUGUAGAGAUGCAGAAAAUGUAUUCUCUAACACCAAACUAGACUUUAAUACGACUACUCCUAAUAUUAAUAAAUCAUUCAAUAAAUUACAUAAUCUAUAUAAAAAACAGAUCCGAACCUGUUGGGAAAUUUCAUCACUUGAAAACUACAUGAGUAAAGAAAUGAUCCCAAGAGGCCUUAGAGUGCGGAACAUUCCCUCAUCCUAUACAGACAAUGCAGAUCUGAUGAAGGAAUGGGAAGCCGCGGCUGGCACCUGCUCUAAAACAUUUAUGCAGAUUAUCUGCAAAUUCGAACAGGAACAACUUAAGAAAGUGAAUACAGACUUGGAUGGAGAACUUGAGGAAAUUAAACAAUUUCAAAAUGAUCCUAAUUUCACUUUCCUUGAAUCUAGAUUAAAGCAGAACCUGGAUAAAUACCAGGAGUCUGUGAAAUUUAGGAAACAUGAUAAAUUCCUAAGGGACUCCAAUGAUUAUCAAGCAGGGAAUGUAUACAAAUUUUUUAAUCGUAGAGUACGACGUACUUCCGAUAAUGGUUUGACUUCAGAAUAUGACUCAUCCGACACAGAUUCUGGGAGUCAGACUCUAAGUAGUGUAGUUGAUAAUGUGUCCCAGUCCAGCCUACCCACAAGUAAUUCUAACCCCAAAGGGAUUUUAAAGAAAGGGGUUAAUUUUUUAGCGCCAGGCUAUCAGGAAGAAUUCCCGAGCCUACGGACGCGCUAUCAGACUCGCAAUCCGAGAGGAGGGGGGAGGAGGAAGAGGUUCUAGGUGAUAUCCAUAUAUUAGAACGUAAAUCCCAGAUAGUCAACCUCUCUUCCCGAAGUCUAACUUUGGACCAAGAAGCUGUUCUGGGGAGGGGUCUUUCAUUUGUACCUACACCACCAUUUGAUAAGUUUGGUUGGAUAAGGGAUCUCAAUCUCUUUGUUAGGAAACUGGCGUUAUAUAAAUUCCAUUCUAUACAAAAUGAAAGAAGGGCAAAAGAUUUGGGACUUGCAUCAAGUGACUUUCAAUGUCUCACUAAUUUGCUAGCUCUAUUGGAUGAAAAUGACUCUAAUAUUACACCAAAUCGUACAGGUUUAAAAUCCAAGAGUCGCUUCACACCAAACUUUUCGAGCUAUAGGAAUAUCGAACUUUUUUUGGAAGCAGCCAAAACUGAAAUCGAAAAAAUCAACCUUAAAUCUCUCCGCAUCCAUUCACGUGAUAAUCUCCUAAGACAGGAACAACGUGCUUUAAAAACUUUACAAGAUGAUAUUGAUAUCAUCAUUAAACCCGCCGAUAAGGGGGGAAAUAUCGUUGUGAUGGAUGUGGAAAAAUAUCUUGAAAUGGCGGAACAAGUCCUAAAGGACACUGAGACAUAUAUAGUCCUUAAGCAAGAUCCCACUAAUGCCUUUCUCUCUAUGUACAAAGAGAUCCUGGAUGAGGGCCGCAGUGGGGGGUUGCUGUCGGGUGACGAGUUUGAAUUUAUUCUCACUCGUCACCCCAAGAUAGCAACCUUCUACUGCCUGCCGAAGAUCCACAAGAAUCUAGAGACCCCCCCUGGGCGCCCCAUAGUUUCUGGGGUCGAUAACCUUACGCAAAAUGGUAGUCUGUAUAUUGAUAAAGUUUUAAGACCUUUUGUCGAAACUCUACCCUCAUACAUCAGGGAUACUAAACAGGCACUUAUUAAAUUGGCUAACCUUAAAUUCUCCUCCACCGCCCAACUAUGCAGUCUGGAUGUUGAAUCCUUAUAUUCAUCUAUACCUCAUGACAGAGGUCUAGAUCAUGUGAGUUUCUUUCUUACUCAAAAAGUCUCAAGUGAUGACCCUUAUACGAUUUUUUUUCUACGCCUUCUUAAGUUCAUUUUAUCACACAACUAUUUUUUGUUUAACAACCGGUUCUACCACCAGGUGAGGGGUACUGCCAUGGGGACGGCUUGUGCCCCCUCAUAUGCAAACCUCCUCCACCUGGGGUGGUGGGAAGAACAGGUGCGCCACUCAGACAAGUUAAGUGGACACCUAUCUAAGGUCCUGUGGUGGGGUCGAUAUAUCGACGAUAUCCUGAUCGUCUGGCAAGGUACCCCUGGUGAAUUUCAGGAUAUGGUGACACUCCUUAAUCAAAAUGAUGAAAACCUCCGAUUCACAUCUGAAUUCGGAGGACGUUCUAUAAAUUUUCUUGAUGUCACCAUUAGUAUCAGUGAAGAUGGUACAUUCCAUUCUACGCUGUUUCGUAAACCUACAGCAACUAAUUCCCUUCUACACUGGACUAGCCAUCAUCCGCGUCCCCUCAAAGAGGGUAUACCGGUAGGCCAAUAUCUUCGCCUCCGGAGAAACUGUAGUGACACCCAGGAUUUUAUAAUCAAGGCGAAACAACUUCGGCAACAUUUUAAGGAGAAAGGUUACCCGAAUCGUUGUUUAAAAAGGGCCUACAAAAGAGCACUCCAGACUGAGAGGAGUGAGUUAUUGUGUGAUCGUCCAAAAAUGGACACUAAUCAGGACGUUGGAAAUAUUCGCAUGAUAGCAACAUUUGAUGUGGGAUGGCCAGAAGUUCGGAAAUCACUUGAACGUUUCUGGCCCAUCCUGCUCAAUGAUGUGCAUCUCAAAGAUACUCUAAGCCCACAUGUUAACAUUACAUCCAGACGUGGACGGAACAUUCGUGAUUUAUUGGUUCCUAGCCAUUUCUCCAUGAAACCACAACAACGCGCCACUUGGCUUGGUACCCCCCCAAUUGGUACAUAUGGGUGCGGUAGAUGCGUAGCCUGUAAAUUUAUCCUUAGGGACUCUAAGACUAUUAAGGACAGUCAGGGACGUGAUUCCUUCCAAGUCAAAAGCUUCUUCAAUUGUAAUACGAAGGGCCUUGUAUAUUUAUUAUCUUGCACAUGUGGACAGAAAUAUGUGGGAAAAACCUUUAGGGCCUUUAAGGAUAGGAUUAUGGAGCAUGUGAGAUCUCCUAGAAAUCGCCUCGAGACACCCAUAUCGAGACACCUUAAAGAACAUCACCAGGGGAAUUCCAAUAAUCUUAGGUUUUGUGGUUUGGAGUUGGUUAAAAGGACUUUGAGACGUGGAGAUUAUGAUAAAAUAUUAAGACAGAGAGAGUCAAGAUGGAUAUACGAACUUAAGACACUCCAACCUCUAGGUCUUAAUGAGGGCUUUUCUUUUGCCCCUUUCAUAUAAUCCGCUUCUCAGAGGAAGCCUUUUUGAACAAUGUACUGUAUAUAUAUAUAUUUAUACACAUGUAUGUAUUUUUCUAUGUAUACAUAUAUACUUAUAUACACUUCCCUGCACCAAUCUAAUAUAGUUAUAGACUAUGUGAAUGACUAUAGAUUGAUAGGGAUUCUGUCGUCUGUAUUCUAGUAUGUAAUCAUUGGACAAUGAAUACAAUUAUGUAUAUAUCUUUUUCUUUCAGCCUAUUACUAUUACUUUAUUUUAUUCUACUUUAUUUAUUAGUUAUUAGUGUUUAUAAUACCACUCUUUUGUCUCUUUACAAUGUAUGCUUGUGAUUAACUCUAAAUAUGAUGGGAACUUAAUAUCUUUCUUCUGUUAUUCUUUUUCGUUUGAUGAUUCAUUUAUAUAUGUUUUUUGAACUUUCUACCCCUUUUACUCCACUCUUCUGAAUGCUACUAAUGUAGCACUCCGUUCUUUAGGACUUGUUAUUUAUACCGGCAUAUGUAUAACACUGUGUACGCUAAGUUUACUAUGUACACAUUCGCGCAUGCGCACGGACUGACCCUGUAAUCGGGUUUUAUGUUAUGCGCAUGCGCGGCUCUAUGACAUGCGCGGUUCUUCCUGAUACUUAGCCUGACACUAAGUCGGCGCGCCUGCGCGUGGACAGGUAUGCGCACGGACUUGUGAUACGAGCGGCUAUCCCUGUCCCUCCUCCUCUGAGAUGGAGCCGACAUAUGGACGAAUCAGAUGAACUGGGAGGUACUAUCAACGUUUAAAUGGAGUAAGGGGGGAUUGUUCUGUUUGCCUCAUUUUACUUUGUGCCCUUGAGAAAGGUGGUUAAUCCACCGAAACGCGCGUUGGGCUAUGGGCUAUUUUAUAUAGCUAAUCAAGUUUAUUUUGUUUUUUCUUUGUACCUUACAGUAUGGUUUAGUGGUACUGAGCGUUUUUGCAGCUCUGGUUUUCUUAUUUAGUGAUAGGUGGGCUGGUUAUCGGGAUUAGGCACUCAGACCUAGUUUUCCUGUAUGUAGAUCUAUAAUCAGGUCUUUCUGCUUUAUUUUUCUCCUUUAAUUUAUGCCCUCUUCUAUCCUUUCGAUUUCCAUUCAAAACUUAACCCUGUAGGUACAGCAGCAGAGCCUUUGGCUACUAUUGUGGCUUACACUGUUUCACUUCAUAAUGAUUUUGCCACACUCUGAUAUGGUUAACCAUACUCUGCAGCGAUUAGUUUUUUAAGUGCAGAAUUUUUGGUUUUUCAUAUUUACUAUUGUAUCUACUCUUUAUUAUUAUUUUUUUGCACAGGUACUUAUUAUAGUAUUAUACUUAUAUUUUAGCCAUAUUCUAUAUUCUGUAUCGGGCUUGCAUUGCACAGUCUAUGGUUCUUAUGUAUUUAUAUAUGUACUAUACCUUACCUAUAGGUAUUUGACAUACUAUACUAUAUAUACAUAUAUAUAUCAGCCAUACUCUGUAUAUAUUGAGCUUUAUUUAUUUUAUCUAUAGAUAGAUGUGUUUUCCUUCUUUGAUUUUAAUAAGGUUUUUCCCAAUAAAAUUGUUUAUUAUUUUUGAGACGCUGUUUUGGGGUGGCUUGGAGGUGAUCAGCCCGGUCUCUGUAUGAGGCGAUCAAUCCUCCAUCUCUGCUAUUUCUCUUUCUGUAUCUAUUAUAGGGUUAUGCCCUUUUGCCACCCCAUUCACCCAUUUUUCGGUACUCCAAGUUGGGCUGUCUAACUAGGUAGUACUAUUUAUAUAAAUAGAGACUAUACAAGCAAUAUAUACACAAUAUAAAACAAUACCAUAGUCCAAAAAAGUCUAUGUAAAAGAUACCCAUGUAGAUAGUAAUACGUACAGGUACAGUGCUGGGUCAAACCAGAAGCUUCUAAAUCAGAGAGUUCUUGUUGGGAAGUUAUGAUAAUAUUCAGAAUUUCUUGAUGUGUCCUAUACACUCAGUGCAAUAUGUUGCAUCAACCAAAGUAGUUAUAGUACAAUAGCGAUGGGUUACUCACAUUUAGUAGAGCUAUAGCAAGCUCCAGCGUGUAGAGCAUUCAGUGGUAUAAUUCCCACAUAUAUGAUUUGAUGUCGGUGUCCUCAAUAGGAAUAGUGCCAGCCACCCAAAAUUAAAAAGAAAAAAAGGCAAGCGCAACUAUUGGUAAAAAGGUACCACAACUGGAGGUGCCGUGCAUCAAUUGCUGGAGUUGUGCUAUAUUUCUGUGAUAUGUAAUGCUAAUCUGUAGAUUUAGCAGACAGCAGAUGGCACUAUAAUUAAAUAAGUUAUAGGUGAUGUGGCCACGUGUGACAACUCCUUCUCUGAUUUUGUCAUGCCUAUAAAAUAACAGCUUGGAAUAUCGAAGAAGUAUUGUUCUACCUGAUCCCCAGCAUUAACAAGCUGCACAUCACAUACUGCGACCAAUCACGCAGUUUGUCAGUGAAACUUUUAAUUCCUUUUUUAAUAAAACAUAACCGUAAUAUACCAUUCGUGGAAUAAAGAAAGGGAAGCACGUCUGUUUGGAAAGAGAAUGCUGGGUAUUUUAUUCCUUGUUAAUCCUCUCUAAUCUCGUAUAAUAUCCACCAUGGAUAAAUAUAAGACCUAUUUAUACAUAAAACAAAAAUUAGAGUACUCCCUGUAAAAUACUGUGUGAGUUUUACUAGACUUUUUUAAGCCACAAUGUCAAUAUUCAAACCUGGGUUGCCUUGGCUACUGUGUGCACUGGAAGUGAAAUUACUAGUACCUUCUACUUUGCUCCAUGAACGCCCUUCGAUAGGCAACUGAAACAGCAGGCAGCAGUAGAAAGGCAUUAGUUAAAAGCUGUUAUUGUUUAACUUUAUUACUUGGAUAGUUAUUCUAGUAUGAAGGCAAAUACAUCACUAAUGAAUAAUGUUUAAUCAUAUUCCUCUGUUAAAACUUUCACAUGUUUUUUUCACCCAAUCUCCAUUCCAGUUUGGAAGCUUACAUCUGCCACUGUGUGAUAUAUCUGUCAGUUUAUCUGUCAGUUUCAUAUAUGUAAGUACAGUAUAUGAAAUGUGUCUGUGUGUAUAAAAUGUAGCAAAGUGUGUUGCCUAUUAAAUGAAUACAGUUCUUAAAGGAACACUCCAGGCAAAAUAACACUUCAUCUAAAUGGCAUACUUACCUCAAGAGGUUUAACCCCCAAAGUUGCCUCCAGCACUGAUCUCAUCUCUCCCCAGACGGCAUCCAGCUUCUGAAAUUUAAGUUUCAGGAAGCGAGGAGUGCAGCCAGGCCGGGGCACCACGGAUUGACUGAGCGCGGUCAGCUGACACUCUCAACCAGUCAGUGACUUCCCAUUCUGAAAACUGGCUUAGAAAGAAAAAUACCAAUCACCUGGUGGCACUCUGCGUUUCCUGAAACGUAAAUUUCAGGAAAUGCAUGCCGCCUGGGUGGAGCUGAGAUCGGUGCUAGAGGCAACUUCGGGUUAAAUUGUUUGAGAACGGUUUAACCCCUUGAGGUAAAAGUGCGCCAGGGGCCUCCUGGUACCAUAACAACUUCAACAACUUACCUGGGGUGCACCAGGUGUCUGUUCCAGCCUUAUUUGGAGCCAGAAUCUCCUGUAAUGAGCUUUUGUUAGCUCCACUGAGCUAAACCCUGCCGUGCAAGGCCAACUUAUUGUUUGAGAGAGGCAGCUAAGCACUCUUAGACAUUGAGCUAAUUUAUCCUAAGGCUUAGUUCAAUGCAGAGAGCUUCUGACUGCACAAGAAGAUGUUCACAGUGGUGUGAAUUCCAGGUAAGUUGUAAAACUAUUAGCAAAAUGGUUUGACUACUGAUCCUGGGAGAAUGACAGGGCACUUCAGGCACCAUAAUCACUAGACUUGUGCAGAUGUUUGUUUUGAGUGGUUCAUCCAAGUCAAAUGCCUUUUAAUCCACAACCAGACAAAUCGAUCAUCCAGAAUUUACCUAUUGAAUCUUAUACAUUGAUAGGACUCCACGGGUAAAUGCCAGGUGAUUGAUUUGUUUGGGUAUGAAUUAAAGUCUGGGCUGUAAUGGUUACAUAGUUACAUAGCUGAAAAGAGACUUGCGUCCAUCAAGUUCAGCCUUCCUCACAUUUGUUUUUUGCUGUUGAUCCAAAAGAAGGCAAAAACCCAGUUUGAAGCACAAUUUUGCAACAAGCUAGGAAAAAAAAUUCCUUCUUGACCCCAGAAUGGCAGUCAGAUUUAUCCUUGGAUCAAGCAGUUAUUACCCUACAUUGAAAGAUUAUAUCCUUGAAUAUUCUGUUUUUGCAAGUAUGCAUCUAGUAGCUGUUUGAACAUCUGUAUGGACUCUGAUAAAACCCCUUCUUCAGGCAGAGAAUUCCACAUCCUGAUUGUUCUUACAGUAAAAAACCCUUUCCUUUGCCUUAGACGAAAUCUUCUUUCUUCCAGUCUAAACGCAUGGCCUCGUGUCCUAUGUAAAGUCUGGUUAGUGAAUAGAUUUCCACAUUUGUAUAAUGUUAUCAUAUCCCCUCUCAGGCGAUGUUUUUCUAAAGUAAAUAGGUUUAACUUUAACAGCUGUUAGGGUGCUUGGAGUGUUCCUUUCAGCUUCAUUCAAAAUUAAAACACAGGCAAGUUAUACUUGUUUUUUUUAGCUUUUAUUCAGUUUCUGCAUGUGAACUGGAUACUUGGCAGUCCUAUAAUUGGAUGAAUGUUGAAACAGUGUGUUCCACUUGACAGUUGUUUUUGCAUUUAUUGGAAAAUGCAUUAUUUAGCAAGUUCUAGAAUAGCCAAUUAUGAAAAUACCAUAAUACAAUAAUUACACGUGCCACCUGCUACUGUGACUUAUCUGGGCCCAUGCAUGCUAAUGCUUCCAAAUGCAUAACAGUUAAUGGUCCAAUAAAAACAUUACAGCACUCGCAAAACUACCAGGAUACCUAGGUUAAAAUGGAGAAUAAGAUGCAUUUUUAUUUUUGCAACCCUUUACAUAUUAUUAUUGAAUAAAGAACAUGUUUGCAGUAAUCAUUUAAGUGUGAAUGAAUUGGGUAUAUGUAAAAGCAUAAGGAAAGUAACUAAUUAUAUUUGGCAUCUCAGCGUUUGAAACCAAGAGUGUGUGGUGCUACUGUUCAAGGUGAUCUCACAAAUGGACUCAAAUUUUGCCCUCGAGUUAAUAUUUUUGGAUAGCUUUUCAAAUGAUUUAAUAUUUUUGGCUAAACUUUUUAACUUAUUGUUUCAAAUUAUUAAAAUAAAAUAAAAAUAUAUGUAAAACUAUAAAAACCAUUAAAUGCCGGGGGGCGGGGCCUGACCACUGAAAGAAGUGGUCGCGGGUGACAUUUUAACCUAGGUAUCCUGGUAGUUUUGCGAGUGCUGUAAUGUUUUUAUUGGACCAUUAACUGUUUUGCAUUUGGAAGCAUUAGCAUGCAUGGGCCCAAAUAAGUCACAGUAGCAGGUGGCACGUGUAAUUAUUGUAUUAUGGUAUUUUCAUAAUCGGCUAUUCUAGAACUUGCUAAAUAAUGCAUUUUCCAAUAAAUGCAAAAACAACUGUCAAGUGAAACACACUGUUUCAACAUUCAUUCGAAUGAAAUUGCGAUCCGAAUAAAGUACCGAAUUGUGCUCUAAAAGAAACGAACAUACUGUUCUCAUUCAGUUAGAACGCAAUUCGUCAGUUUCAUCUAAAAUGACAGGAAGCAUCGCGGGAACACAGAAGAAAGGUGAGAAUUGUGGGAAAAUUGCUCUGACCAGCGGAAAUGAAGCACACUUUGCUCCUUCGCUGGUCAGAGCUGGUCAAGCGGAGGAAUCCUCCAUAAGGCAAAGAGUCCCUACUUUGUCUUAUGAUUUUAAAGAAAACUAAAGAAGACAGGAAGAAAAGAAGAACAGAUCCUGAGAGAGGCGGAGAAGAGGAAGGGACUGAGGAAAGGUAAGUUCGGCAUGACAGUGCCGCUUUAAAUUGAGGCUUAUGUCAGGAACUAGGUCUUCAGACAAAUAAAAAAAGAGGUUCAACCUGGGAUCGACCUUAGCAGGCAAUUGCGACAGUAUAUACAAUGUAUUAAACUGUGAUAUUGUGCUAUGCCAGAUACAUGUUUAUGUGACUUUUGAGGUUAAUUCCCACUAAGUGAAUUGAUCAUCUGAAUAAUAAAUUCAGUUUUCUUAUUUAAAAAUAAAUAAAUUGAUAUUUCAUAUGUACAUGACAUUUAGUAAGAGAAAAACAAAUGAAAUUGAAUAAAGCAAGGUGUUCAGUCCUUCUGGCAGCAAGUUAACAGUGAAAUAUAUGAAAAUUAUCGGUGAACAAGUAGGUAUACUAUUAUUUAGACACUGUAAAACAUAAGUCAGAGUUAAGGCUAAGAAAGAGGGAGAAAAGAGGUACUUUCUGAAUAUCGUUCACUAUUUUUAGGGUGAGGGGGAUAGGUAGGUCUUUAUUAAAACAUUUUUUUAUUAUAUUUUAGUGCCCCAACUCGCCGCUCAUGGGGGCCGAGGGGUGGACAAUAGGUCACCCCUCAUUUUCAUUUAGGGCCCCCAUCCGCCACUCAGGGUUGGGGGCCGAGGGGAGGACAAUAGGUCACCCCUCAUUUUCAUUUAGGGCCCCCAUCCGCCACUCAGUGGUGGGGGGCGCACAGGCUGCUCACUGUUUACUAGACAUGCCCCUAUUCGCAAUAUAGCGAGUAGGGGCAGAAUUUACUAAUACUAAGUAAUCUUUAUUUAGUAUGAGUAAAGUUGGCUGAAAUACCAACUUAGGUCUUUCAGCCUUUUGGUAGAUAGCUAAACUGUUCUCAUUCUGUUAGGACGAAAUUCAGUAGUUUCGCCGUUGGUCAAAGCUGGUCAAGCGUAGGAAACCUCCAUAAGACAAAGUAGUCUUAUGUUUUAAAGAAAACUAGAGCAGACAGGAAGAAAUUAAGAACAGAUCCUGAGAAAGGGAGAGAAGAGGAAUUGAUUAAAGAAAGGUAAAUUCGGCAUGACAGUGCCGCUUUAAUAUUGUUGGAUACGUUUUCCAAAUUAUUUAAUAAUUUUUGGAUAAACUUUUAUUUUUUCAACAAAUUAAAAUGAAAAAAAUACAUCAUAUGUAAAAUAGAUAUAUAUGUCAACAUAUCAAAAUAUUACAAAAUGUUUAAAAUAUCUUUUAUAAUAUUAAAUCAUUUUAAAGGUUUAUCCAAAAAUAUUAAAUGAUUUAUAAAUCGUAUCGAACAAUAUUAAAAGGCUAUUUAUAUAAAGCAAAAAAAAGCUGAAAAAUACAUUUAGUCUUUCACGCAUUGAUGGUCCAAAAGAAGACAAAAAAAAAACAGUUUGAGGCGAUUUCCAAUUUUGUCACAAAUGGGAAAAACACUAAUUCAACCCAAAAUGGGAGUCAGAUGUUUCAUUGGAUCAAGCUGAGUCCUAUAGAAAACGAUACUCUGUAAUGAUGCAUCAUUCAAAAAUGUUUCCAGAAUGAUUUUGGUUUUUUUAAAUAGCUCAUAAAAUUCUACUAACUAUAGAUUUCAAGCUUAAAGGUUAAUCACUUUAUACCUAGGUGCUCCUAUUUUUUAGGGCAGAACAGAGAAUCUAAAGUUCCAUCUCGAAUCAUAAUUUGGUUCUCAGGACCUAUAUUUACUUUUCUGACUUUCAUUUUUAUAUUAAAAUUGUAUCGUAUUUGCAAGAGGUUUUAUAUUAAAGGACCACUCUAGGCACCCAGACCACUUCAGCUUAAUGAAGUGGUCUGGGUGCCAGGUUAAGCCAUUUUGGGGCACCCUCCAACUAGGGUUAAGCCAUUUUGGGGCACCCUCAGGGCACUAUAGUGCCAGGAAAACUAGUGUUUUCCUGGCACUAUAAUGGUCCUUUAAAUAGAUGUUUAUUUUAAUGCAUGGAAGAUGAUGAUGCUGUGGGUACUGGCUGAUCAUGCUGAAUUUGUUGAUAUUUUCAAUAACUUAGUUCAUACUUUUGCUAAUGCGGCUAGACUUUCCUGGGCACAAAUAUGUAAAGAUUGGCACUAAUCUAAUAUAACCUUAAAAUAAAUGGUUUUAAGUUUCAGUGUGAAAACAAAAAUAUCACUUGGAGCAAAAUUUCAUCCCAUAUUACAUGUACAUAUAAUUCAGUACUAUCAAAUGAUUGACUAUGGGUUUGAAUACUUUUGCAAAGCACAGGAGACCUCAUGCUUUAAUUUAUAUGGAUCUCAAUAGAUUUGCAAGACACUGUGUGUAUGAGACAUACUAUUCCAUUACAUUAUAAUAGAAGCCCGGAUAUACUGAAUGAUACAACGCACAAACAGAUACCAUUUGCUGGUUUUACAACUUUAACCCAAACCGAGCCAUUCAGAAAACAAUCACCAUGUUCCACAGUCAAAUACUCACAGCGUAUGAUAUAUAAAACAAGCAAUGUAUUUCCUGGCCAAGAGAUACUUGAAUGUAUAUACAUAUUUAUUUUCCCUGUACUAUAAAGUAAUAAACUACAUUAAACAGUACAGAACUUCACUUAAAACACCAAUUUUCUCUUGUUUUGCACAGUGAAUCAUUUGUUCAGUUAUGUAUAAAUAUGGUUUGAAAUUCAGAAAAGGGUGAAAGGUUAAGUUUAAUAACUUAUUUCUGUGGGGUUUAUAAGGUUUGAGAAUAGAGAAAAAAAACAGCACAGAAAAGUUUGAGAACUUAAUAAAUACUAGACUUAUGCAAAAAUUUGUUUGGAGCAUUUUGUCCAAAUCAAAUUCCAUUUGUCACGAUACCUUAUCUUACUCCUGUGUUCCCUUCCCAGAAUCAGCACAGCAUGUCGACCCCUUUUAUGACGUGGCGCGCUUACAUCAUAACGGCAAUGCUGCGAAAAUGUUAAAAAUACAACGCCCCCUGAUUUUCUUUUGGGAGGGGGGGCGUGGUUUUAAAGCAAAAGACGCUACCCUAUAUAUAGAGCGUCUUUUGCUUUGGUUCAGUGCCCUAUUGCCCUCUAAUGCUAUAUAGUUUCCUGAUAGUGUUCUCUGGUAUUUAUUAUCUUUUGCUAUUCCUUGACUAUUCUCUCGCUAUCCAUGUUAAACCCAGCCAUUCUAAGUUCCAAGUAAUACGUUAUCUCUACUCAAGGUUACAUACUGCGUGUUGGGGUCACUUUGUCGUGACACCAUUUACUUCACACCUGGAUGAAUUGUUCUGUCUGGGAUUUUCCUGUGGUGUCUUUAAAUCAUUUAUUCAGUGUAAAUUAAAAGGAAUUUGAUUCGGACUACCCACUCCAAACACAAGUCUAACAAAUACAAAAUAAAAAAAGCAAUCCAUUAUAAUUUUGGGUGGCCAGAUUAUACAUCUUACAUGCUCAAUGUGAUGAUGAAUAGCCAUGUUUGGGAAUUAUUUAAGGUAAAUAGGGAACAUUAAAAAAAACCGAAAAAUAAAAACACAUAAAUCCAUUUGCCCGGUAGCUAACAAGCACUCCUUGAUUUAAAAAAAAUAUUAGUGUAACAUUAAUUUGAAGCAAAAGGUAGAAUAGAUAGCAUAUAUAUAUAUAUAUAUAUAUAUAUAUAUAUAUAUAUAUAUAUAUAUGUGUGUAGAAAGGCCAUUAGGCCUGAAUUUUUGGGAGGAGUAAGUCCCCUACUUAAACUCUCAGCCCCUACUCACCUCUGCCGGUAAAGUUGUUUGUCGUAUCUCCAUAGCAACCAGCACUUCCGGUCCAAGCUUCCCGCCAAACAACUCCAGUCUCCAGCAGCAGAGGUGUCCAGCUAAAUCCUCUGUCCGUUCUGCAGCCCUGCCACCCGGCUUCUCCCCGGUCGCGGUAUUUGGCUUCCGGUCACGAGACCGACACGCUCACGUAAGCUUGUGAGGGAAAUAGCUUUUAGCUAUUUCCCUCCGUUCGGGCCUAAAAACGUAUGGGUAGGCUCCCUUUUUACUUAUACAUUACCUGUUCGUGCAUACUUACCCGUUCGUGAACUUCCGCGUUUGUGCGUUUAAACUAGACGAACGCCGGCUAUACUUACGUUUUAUGGGUCCUUCGUACGGUCUAAACUGCCGACCUUUGUUCGGGUAAACUCUGGUAUAAUUUCGUUAAAUUCUGGUAUACCAUUAGUUCAUACAAACGAACUAUAUACAUAUAUACUUACCCGUUCGUUCAUUUAGCGAUUCGUGCAAUAUUCUCUUCACCCUUCGCAUACUUACCCGUUCAUGCACUACUUCUAUUCGUGCGGAAUUAGGCAAAUGCACACUAUACUUAGCUUCAGUGGGUCCCCCGUGCGGUCUAAACCGCCGACCCCUGUUCAUGCAAAUAUCUGCUUUUCGUUCAUACGAACUAAACAAUCAUUUAUUCAUAGAUACUUCCCGUUCGGUUACUUAACUGUUAGUACUAAAUCUGUCAGUAUUAGUUAAUAAAAUCUGUUUAUUACUACAACCAUUUACUGUUGCCUCUGUGGCUCUUGGUUUAAUUAUGUUUAUAUAAAUUAUGACACUUUAUCUCAGAGUUAACCCUCUGUGUUUUAGGUAUGUUAUACACUUAAUAAAAUUCUUCCUGACACCCUACUACUUUGGCAGCGUUUUUCAACUCCACGCCAACCCUGUACGCUGUCACAAACUUAUAUAUUUAUAUAUGGCACAAUCCUCUGGGGGAAUUUUGCAAACCCUACAUUUCUUAUUUUUCUUUAGCUUUAACAUUAAUUUUAGCCUCUGUUACAUUUCUUUGAUCUCCACAGAUUGCCUGUUUAUCUUGUAUGUUUGCAUAAAGUUGUCAAAUUCAAGUUCUUGUAUUUACAAUUCAGGUACAGUAUUUACUGACUUCUGUUCAAUCAUGUUAAGGCCUCAGACAGCCUUCACUCUAAACUUGUCACAAACGGAAUUUGUUAAUUAAAAUAUAAUGUCAUAACCAUUGCUAAUUUUAAUAAUAUGCGAUGGCUUUUAUCCAUAGCUCCAACACUAUUCUAGGCCUCCUCCCAUUUUCUCCGUAAGAAAACACUUAGGCCCAUCCAAGUACCUGUACAACAAAUCAAGGUAUAGUACUCUACUCAUUACAGGGUUUUUUUUAUACAAGACCCGACACGGUCUCUAUUUAUCACAAUUAUCACACGGUCCUACGUCCUUGUUAUGUUAAAAUUCUCUACAUUUUUCUACUUAGGCCUACGUUCAUACUGCCUUCGGGCAAGAACCUACCUAACCUGGACUUGCUACCUUAAGGCCUCAAUUAGCCUCCCUCUAUAACAUAAACUCGUCCCAGUCUAAUCAUUCAGAUCCCUCACCUCAGGAUCUCACGUUGCGCACCUAUAGCCACCCAUUACUACUAAGCAUACGCCCCUAUGUUACGCUCAAAUACAUCAACAUCUGCCUUACCCUUAGGCUUCUUCUACAAUACCAGCAGCGGCCAAGCCACUCUUCUUAAAAACACUUGAAGGUUCAAGUUACCUGUUAUAAUCACUAUCAAGGUUAGUAUCCACCCAUUACACCAUGAUGGCCAUUUAUCCCAUAGAAAGCAAAUGAACUGGCUUACAGGGUCUAGGCUCCGGCCCUAGCUCACUCAAGUAAAUUCCGGUCCCGCUAGGCCAUUUCCCUACAGCCCCAUGCCCAAAUCAUAGUUAGAUGCCUCGUUCGCCCUUCUACAGGGCUGCAGUCAGUGCCUCACUUUUCACGGCCACACGUUUGAAUCUCCUUAACAGUCAUCGAGAGGCCAACAUCCCGCCACCACGUCUGUGGCAACAAACUUCUCUCGGCCAAAUCAUAGAUAGAGCCUCUCACCGCCACUCGGCACUAGCAGGGCCUCACUUGUCACUAGUUCACAGUUAAGUUUUUCGCUUCGGCACUAGCCUUACAGUCCAGUUCACCUAAGGAACCUCCUCUCAUAACCCCCUCUGUCCCCUCCUUUGCCCUACUAAAUCUAAUUCACCAAUUCAUUUCUAGAAUGUCUCAAGAACCAGCCCCCACCGACGAUUUGUCUGCCGAGGAGAUCCCGUUCACUCAUAUCAGACCAGAGUCUCCAGGCGAAUCUCUCACCUCCUCUACACCUAUGUCCUUGAGAGCAUGGACUAUUCCAAAAAUUACGGCUGAACUUAGGCGAAGGGGCAUCCCCUUUCCUGCUAUGGCUAGAAAGGCGGAACUAUACAGACUCUUGACCAAUCAGGCCCCCGAGCCUAGACCAGGCACUAACACUCAAGGACAACCAUCAGGCGCUUGCACGGCCACUCAGGACACCCUUGCAGCAAUCCUGGAAACCUGCAGACCUUGAAUAACAGGUUAUCUAGGGUGGAGAGUGCCAUCCUCCUCUCAGCCCCCGUCCCGGCAGUCUCUGCUACAACACCACACUCCCUUAUACAUCCCCCUCCAGCACCUGCCACAGUUACAUCACCUUUUGUGUCACCAGCACACUCCGUCCCAGACCCCAUUAGGAAAGAAAUCCGAGAUGGGAAGGAUGUGUGUCUGGUGUCACUGCUUAUAGCCUCACAAGAUGUGCUGGAGAACCGGGCAUAUAAUUAUGGGGAUAUGUCAGUGGUGCUUAAAACCAGAGAUCCCAGGCUUAACAAAAAACUAUCAAUACCACAGUUUGUAAUAGCUUUCGGGAUAUACCGCGACGUCAUUUGCUCGGUAUAUCUCCACAGAAAAGAGGAACUAGACCUCUAUGCGCAUCAUUCCACAGGGUAAGUCUUUCGUAUCCAGGCUUCUUAGUCUGCUUCAGGGGGUGCCAGACUCCUGCCCAAUUUCUUUGGAUCAGCAAGCCAAGGCUGACUUACUCAAGUGGGGGAAGUUUUUGGCUGAGCGGAACGGUAUCUCCAUGUUUAUCCCCCCUCUCUCCAACUCCUCACCCAUCAUUCACACAGACGCUGCAGCCAACGAGGGUUUCGCAGCUAUCUUCGGUAAUCACUUGUUCAGGGGUCACUGGCCUACUGAGACAGAUGCCUUGCCAGGAUUCAGGGAGACUUCAGCCCUAUUUGAAAUUUAUCCCAUAGUGGUGGUCGCACACACUUGGGAUCAUCUCUGGUCCGGCAAGGCAGUAAAAUGCUAUUCUGACAACUCGGCAGCUUGCGAUAUCAUAAACAAGGGGUGCUCAUACUCUCUCACCAUCAUGCGGCUGAUUCGCAAGCUGACCUGGCUGGCAGCAACCAUCCAGUUCCACUUAGUCUGUUUUUACAUCCUGGGUAUCCACAACACAGCCGCUGACGUUCUGUCUCCUUCUGAAUUCCAGGCACUCCCUACAGCCAGCCAUCCAAGACACCACGGUUUCACGAACUAAUCCUGGAUUAAACGCACUAAUGCACCACGCUAGGUCUCUCACACACCAAGCACUAUCACCUAACACAGCUGUCACCUACAGUAGGGCACUUACCAUUUUUAAUAAAUUCACAGCAGAUUUCGGAUUACAAGGUGAUUUUUCUACUCAAACCAUGGUGGCUUUUGCCUCAUUCUGCCACUUACAUUUAAAACUUUCUCACAAUACCAUUAAACUAUACCUCACAGGGGUUCAGCACCACAGCCUCACAAAUUUCCCUAACACCCCCUUCUUGUCAUCAUACCCCAUUAAGAAAGUCUUAAAGGGUAUCUCAAAGGUUUCUGUUCCACUUACCACUACCAGACUACCAAUAGAUGGGCCUAUCUUUAGAUCACUCAGCAACCUACUUGAUGAAUCCCCAUUCGAUCCUGACACAAACCUGGUGAUCAAGUCUGCCAUUUAUCUAGCUUUUUAUGGUUUCCUUAGACCCGGAGAAUUCACUGUUGUUUGUCAAGGGGAUAUCUCAUACAGCCUUAAAACCUCACACCUCACUAAGGUGGAAGAUCACUACAUAGUCACUCUCCCAUCUACCAAAACUAAUCACUCACAACACCCCACUAUUAUUCCCCUCUUUCCCACUGAUAAUGCUUGGUGUCCGGUUAAGGCACUAGACCAUCUACAAUCAACUCAUCACACGCAUUUACCAGACUCUCUGCUCUUAUUAUUACAAGGGCACCCACUCACCACUGCCAAAUUCACAACGCACGUCAGAACCUUACUGGCAAAACUUGGUUACAACCCGGCUUCGUUCUCCAGUCACUCCUUCCGCAUAGGAGCCGCUUCAUCAGCUUCUAGUACAAACACCUUGGUUCACAUCAUCAAGAGACUGGGUCGAUGGAAAUCCUCCAUAUACCAUACGUACAUACCAUGACCAGAAAGAGAGCUUCGCCAAGCUUUCAGCAAUUUGGUUAUGUACUAAAUGCAGUAAAGUGUAUUUUUCUUGAACUUCUCUUUGCCCUCUUAUUUACAGGCCCACUCAUACAUUGGUUUUCGGCACACCUCAAACUAACUUUCAUCUCAGACACUAUCCAUUACGUAUUAAAUUCCGAGCACAAGUAGAAAGGCCAUUAGGCCUGAAUUUGUGGGAGGAGUAAGUCCCCUACUUAAACUCCCAGCCCCUACUCACCCUACUUCACCCUUAUAGCAUUCUCUCCUUGGUGGGCCCUCUUUUAUUUACAGGCCCACUCAUACGUUGGUUUUCGGCACACCACAAACCAACUUUCAUCUCAGACACUAUCCAUUACGUAUUAAAUUCCGAGCACAAAUAUAUAUAUAUAUAUAUAUAUAAAACACAAUGAUAUAAGACAGAUAGACUUUAUAAUUAAAUUGAUGUAAAUUUACACAAAGUAUAUAUCAUAACAGAGACUGUUGCAAAUUAAGAUUAUGUAAAUUUACACAAUUCCUAAUUUUUACUUAUUCACUUAUCCUUUUUUUUAAAAAAUGGGGGAAUUAAAAGCUUUAGCCAGUACACCUUGUCCUUUAUCUUGCAAUAUUUCACCUAGAGUCUGUAAUGUUAGUAUAAUAGCAAGAAUUUUAUUUUCUCACUUACAGUGGGUGUGGCAAAAAUAGAUAAAUAAAAAUUGUCAAAUAGAAGGGCGAGGCCUGACUUCUAUGUUAGAGAGAAGUGCAUUAAGAGGGUUCCUCACUUAUCUUCCAAUGUUAUUUGGAUUAAUUGUUUAUUGGCAUUCUCAUUUCAAAAUUGGUAAAUCUCCAAAUUGACUGGUCUUCCUUGGAGCAGUUAAUAACCAUACUUCUCGCCGUACUAACGGAAUCAUCUGCUUGACACAGCGUGGCCUAGUCAGCGCAUCAGAUGGGAGAGUCAGCUGAUCUCCCAGCCUGGAGCAACUGUGUUCUGCCCCUUGAGGGUAUAGGCUGAUCUUGGUUCUGGGACUCUUGCUGACACCUUGUCACUCAUGUCUAUUUCUCCAACAAGAGUCAAUUAUGGUUUUCUGCUUCCUUUACUGCUUUCCCUGCUGUAUCUUAUGACAUUAUGUCUGCCUCUUAUUAAUCCUUUGGGCAUUUGUUCACUAACAGACCAUCACAGGGACCUCCUGGGUGGGUUCUUAUUCUGAGUGCUCAAUUAAACACGCCUCUUACUAUAUAAUAUAAAAUAUCAUGCAGACCGUGGUGAUGCAACUCCUAUUUGACUGUUUUCUUUCACCUUGCUUAUCUCAUUCACUAUAAUUCCUGUGUUGCCCUUUCCUACUUCAGAUCUCAUAGUUUACAUAGAUAAGAGGGAUAUAUUAUUAUUUUUAAAUGUGCUCAACAUAAGAGAAGAAAAAGUGAGGGAAUGUGGUGACAUUUUGUCAUCAAACUUAUAUGGUGACCAGGGGUCAUGUGACCAAGCUCAUAUAGGUCUUUCUUACAGGGAGAUAAGCUUUACCCUUUGAUUUGGUAAUUGGGUAAUUCAAUACCUUUACAGGUCAGGAAAGAAAUAGCCACUUCCCCCUAUCUCCAUCCCUUCCUGUUCCUUCUUGGCUGUGCUAGUAAGCAGACGUGAGCAGAUAUGGGCUAAUUUUUAUAAUGGUGAACUGUGAGUGGGAUCUGGUGACUUUAUAAGAUUUAGUUGUUAUUGUUAGUUAGUUAGUUAGAUUGUUGUUGCUGUAGUUGUUGGUAUAGUUAGUUAGAUUGUGUCAUUAUUUGUAUGUUGUUGUUUUCUCUGAAUAAAUAUUUGUUAAAGUAGACGGACCAUAGUAUGCGUACACAACAAUCUAUCUAACUAACAAUAACAACUAAAUCUUAUAAAGUCACCAGAUCCCACUCACAGUUCACCAUUAUAAAAAUUAGCCCAUGUCUGCUCACGUCAGCUCACUAGCACAGCCAAGAAGGAACAGGAAGGGAUGGGUAUAGGGGAAGUGGUUAUCUCUUUCCUGACUUGUAAAGGUAUUGAAUUACCCAAUUACCAUAUUAUUAUUAUUAUUAUUGUUAUUUAUAUAGCGCCAUCAAAUUCCGCAGCGCUUUACAAUGGGUGGACGAACAGACGUAGUUGUAACCAGACAAGUUAGACUCACAGGAACAGAGGGGUUGAGGGCCCUGCUCAAUGAGCUUACAUGCUAGAGGGAGUGGGGUAAAAUGACACAAAAAGAUAAGGAUAGUAUUAGACUAGUGACAGUUGCAAAAGAGGAAUCAGUCAGGAGCUAUCAAUAGUUUAAUUGAUACGCAUUUAACGAUUUUUUGAAGGAGUGGAGACUGGGUGAGCAUCUAACGGAGGGAAGCGAGUUCCACAGGAACGGUGCAGCCCUCGAGAAAUCUUGAAGGCGAGCAUCAGAGGUGGGAGUACAGACAGAAAAUAGACUUAAGUCUUCAGCAGAUCGUAAGGGCCUAGACGGGACAUACUUGUGUAUUAGGGAGGAUAGAUAGGUGGGAGCAGCAUUAUGUAGAGAUUUGAAAGCAAGAACCAGAAUUUUAAAUUGAGCUCUAUAUUUUAUAGGAAGCCAAUGUAGGGACUGACAGAAGGGUGAUGUAUGGGAGGUGCGGGCGGACAGAAAGAUGAGCUUUGCUGCCGCAUUCAUUAUGGACUGUAACGGCGCAAGUUGGGAGCACGUAAGACCACUGAGAAGCGGAUUACAGUAGUUAAAGCGAGAAAGGACAGUGGAAUGGACCAACACCUUAGUCGCAUCUGGCGUUGAGUAGGGGCAGAUGUGCGCAAUGUUUUUGAGAUGAAAAUGACAGGAUUUGGCGAUAGAUUGAACAUGAGGCUUGAAGUAGAGGUCGGAGUCAAAGAGAACACCUAGGCAGUGAGCCUGCGUGGUGGAGCUGAUGGUAGCACUGUAGACUUGGAGGGAGACAGACACAGAAGUAACAACACUUGAGGGAAGAAAGACCAGAAUUUCAGUUUUGGAAGUGGGCAGCAAUCCAGUUAGAAAUAGCAGAGAAGCCGUCAGAGACACUAGUCAAGAGGGACUGGGAGAGAUCAGGAGAGGACAGGUAGAUUUGCGUGUCAUCUGCAUAGAAAUUAUAUUGGAAGCCAAAGGAGCUAAUGAGUUUACCAAGAGAGGCAGUAUAGAUGGAGAACAGUAGGGGACCAAGGACUGAACUUUGGGGGGCACCAACAGAGAGGAGUUGGGGAGAAGAAGCAGAGCCAGAGAAAGAAACACUGAAAGAGCGCUGGGAGAGGUAGGAGGAGCACCAGGAGAGAGCAAUAUCUUGUAGAGCGAUAUUGCGGAGGAUGAGAAGAAGCUGUUGAUGAUCAACAGUGUGAAAAGCUGCAGACAGGUCAAGGAGAAUUAGGAUAGAGUAGUGACCACAAGAGUUUUCAGCGAGUAGAUCAUUGGAUACUUUGGUCAGUGCCGUUUCCACAGAGUGCUUAGCGCGGAAACCAGACUGAAGUGGGUCUAGCAGAGAGUUGGACUCGAGCAAGUCUGUCAAUCUCGCAUACACAAUUUUUUCAAGGAUCUUGGAUACAAAAGGCAGUAGUGAGAUAUCAAAGGGUAAAGCUUAUCCCCCUGUUAGAAAGACCUACAUGAGCUUGGUCACAUGACCCAUGGUCACCAUAUUAGUUUGACAAAAUGUCACCACACAGACAACUAUUCAUCUAUACAACGCAGUAUUCACUCUUCAGUGUAAAUAUUUAUGCACUUCCACCCAGGGGCGUAUUAGCCGCGAGGCAAACAAGGCAUUUGCCUUGGGCGGCAUUUUUCAGGGGGCGGCAAAAAACGCCGCCCCCCAAAUGCCCAGGGCAAAUGUCUUGUUAGCCUCGCAGAACAAAUACAGGGCCUUUUUCUAAUGCUAGAGCUCUUCAGCGGGGCUCUGCGCAUUGAACCAACAUGCUCACUUUCUCUGGCCCCGCACCCUUUUUGGGGGGCCGCUCUAAUUGAAAAAUGCCCGGGCCUUAUUUUUUUCCCAGUCCGGCCCUGGUGCAGGUGCCUAGUUAUGGGUACUUUUGUAAUACAAAUAUGCAAAUACUUAACAUGCUACUUGUCACUGUCUCAAUGCACAAAAAAAAAAAAAUGGUCAAAUAGCUUGCCUCUAGGUGUUUGUAAAGACCCUGAAGGCAUUACUAGCAGUAUAGUUUAUAGUUGACUAAAAAUGUCAACAGAAUGUAAAAGGAUUGUCUGCAUUUGCACAUAAUGCCCACAUACAGUAAAUUCAAUUAAAUCAUCAAAUUUAAACAAACCAAACACUGACAUGACACACUGUAGCCCACAACUAUUGAUUUUCAAAAUAAAUCCAAAUUCUGGAAUGAAUUAACUAAAUUAGACCUAGGAUUAUAAUUUUCCCUGUGGCUGUCCACAGGACAUCUCAAGCCGUGUGUCAUUCUGCUGUUAACCGUGUCGCAUGACACAUUCAUUUUGCAUCCUUUUAUUCUGAAAACACCUGCGCAUCAUUUUACAGACAAAGCUGUAAAAUAUUUAUAUUUUAUCUCUAUGCAUUUUCUGGUAUUUGUGUCUUGUUCUUGACCUUGCCUUCUGAUAUCCAUGACUUGACUGGCUUAUAGACUCAGUCUACUUCUAUACUAUUUUGACCUUGAGUUAUUUGACAGUUCUCGUUGUCAUUUUGUCUUCUCUAGACAUAGCAUGAUCUCUGGCCACUGUAGAGAACUGUAAUAUGCAUCUAUCUAUUAUACUAUGUCUCUGGAUAGUACUUGUUCAACCUCUGCAUGUUUGGUACUUUCGAUACCUGGACGGAGAUAGGGCUACCUGUUGUCUUGCUUAAUGUGUUAAGGGUUUACAAAAACAUUUGGGGUCAACAGAUUUGAGAAAUGUCUUUUUUAAUUUGUAAACUGUUAGUAUUAAGGAAAAUAACUGUGAUCUGUAUGUCUCUUUUUGUAGGUAUACCUUCUUGUUGUUAAUCCUUUUUCUUGUUCCUGGGAUUGUUAUGUCAAUAGCCUACGGAUUAAUAUCACUUGAGUUAUACAGAGGGAUACGGUUUGAAGUCAAUCAAAGAAAAGGUAUAAUUUGGCUGUAAAACUGAAAAUUUCAUUGAAAUCAUUUGAUUAAACUUUAAGUGUCAUUAACCCAAUCAUAUAAGAUAAUAAAAAAAGAAAAUAUAAAGUGUAAUGUGGAUAAAAUUAAAUUGGUUUGUAUUGAGUGACUAUAUAUAAACAACUGAAUCAAUUUUACUUGUGCUACUAGGUUUUUGGCAUAAUUACAUGAAACAAAUUAAAUCAGCACUCAGACUCAAUAUAAAAUGUUUGAAUAUAGUGUAGCUCUUACCAUGGCUUCUAUGUUCACAAAUUCCAAGAACCGGCAAAUAAGUUCACUGAAAGAAAUAUUGUAAGGUACGAUUGCUUCCUUUUUAAAAAUAUAUUAUAUGAAUAAUGCAUUAAAAAUAUGAAAAAUAAACAAAAUACAAAAAUACAUCUUGUUCUGUGUCUACAAAUACAGUGUAGUUGGAUAAAGUUGUGGUCCAGGCACUCAAGGAUCAGUUUAAACAGCAGAUUUGUUUGGAAAAUUGCAACGUUUCGAUCUCUAGGAGAUCUUUCUCAAAAUACAAAUUGUCUCUGAGCUGCAGUUCCACUCACCCUUAAUGGAGAUGCUAUCAGCUUAUUCACAGCGGACUUUGUAAUUUUUUUCGUAUAGAUGUAAUCUAUGCCAGGCAUAGGCAACCUUCGGCACUCCAGAUGUUUUGGACUACACCUCCCAUAAUGCUUUGUCAGCAUUAUGUGUGUAAGAGCAUUAUGGGGAAUGUAGUCCGCAACAUCUGGAGUGCAGAAGGUUGCCAAUCCCUGAUCUAUGCUCUUCAAAAAUAUUGCCAAUCAAACGUGAUGAAUAUCAAUAUGUUAUUUGCAUUUAAUUAAUUCAAAUAGCUGCAUUCCAUUUAAUAUGUGCAACUAAGUACUUAACUACCAGGUCUUAACAAUCCUAACCAAAUAAGUGACUUUAUUUACACCUUAUUUAAUACACCCCACUGAAUAGAUACAAUAUUCAAUCCCAUGCCAAUAGUUAUUUACCAGUAGAACUCUGCAGAAUCCCGUUGAUUCAGCUUGGUUAAUCUUGUAGCUGCUAAGUUGAAAAAAGAAGCUGAUGUUUCAGAUGAAAGACAUGGUUAUCAAUCUAACUAGUAUUUGGACAUUAAAUUAUAAAAUAUUGGCAGCACGGUGUUGAUGUUGAGGCAUGGUCAGUCUAUAGUAUCAGAGCCGGUACAAGGAUUUCUGCCACCCUAGGCAAACAUCCAUUUUGUCGCCCCCUCAUUAAAGCAAAUACAAUCUCACAGAGGUUUAUUCACUAAACUCCGAAUUGCAGUGAGUUGAAAAACAAAGUUUUCAAGUUGAAGCAAAAACAGCUGAUCUGUGACUGUAGCCGAAUUGGAGAAUUCUUCUAGAUCAGCUAUAUUGGCCUAAAUUUUGCCAUAUGGUUUUCAGUUAGGUCUGCCUAAUAUACACUAAUAUAUACUGCAUAAUAACUACAUCCAUAAACACAUACUGCCUAAUACCUACAUCCAUACUGCCUAAUACCUACAUCAAUACAUACAUACUGCCUAAUACCUACAUCCAUACUGCCUAAUACCUACAUCCAUGUACACAUACUGCCCAAUACCUACAUCCAUACUGCCUAAUACCUACAUCCAUACACACAUACUGUCUAAUACCUACAUCCAUAAACACAUACUGCCUAAUACCUACAUCCAUACACACAUACUGCCCAAUACCUACAUCCAUAAACACAUACUGCCUAAUACCUACAUCCAUACACACAUAAUGUCUAAUACCUACAUCCAUACACACACACUGCCUAAUACCUACAUCCAUACACACAUACUGCCCAAUACCUACAUCCAUACUGCCUAAUACCUACAUCCAUACACACAUACUGCCUAAUACCUACAUCCAUACACACAUACUGCCCAAUACCUACAUCCAUACACACAUACUGCCCAAUACCUACAUCCAUACUGCCCAAUACCUACAUCCAUACUGCCUAAUACCUACAUCCAUACACACAUACUGUCUAAUACCUACAUCCAUACUGCCUAAUACCUACAUCCAUACUGCCUAAUACCUACAUCCAUGCACACAUACUGCCCAAUACCUACAUCCAUACUGCCUAAUACCUACAUCCAUACACAUACUGUCUAAUACCUACAUCCAUAAACACAUACUGCCUAAUACCUACAUCCAUACACACAUACUGUCUAAUACCUACAUCCAUAAACACAUACUGCCUAAUACCUACAUCCAUACUGCCUAAUACCUACAUCCAUACAUACAUACUGCCUAAUACCUACAUCCAUACUGCCUAAUACCUACAUCCAUACUGCCUAAUACCUACAUCCAUGCACACAUACUGCCCAAUACCUACAUCCAUACUGCCUAAUACCUACAUCCAUACACACAUACUGUCUAAUACCUACAUCCAUAAACACAUACUGCCUAAUACCUACAUCCAUACACACAUACUGUCUAAUACCUACAUCCAUACACACACACUGCCUAAUACCUACAUCCAUACACACAUACUGCCCUAUACCUACAUCCAUACUGCCCAAUACCUACAUCCAUACUGCCUAAUACCUACAUCCAUACACACAUACUGCCUAAUACCUACAUCCAUACACACAUACUGCCCAAUACCUACAUCCAUACUGCCUAAUACCUACAUCCAUACACACAUACUGCCCAAUACCUACAUCCAUACUGCCUAAUACCUACAUCCAUACACACAUACUGUCUAAUACCUACAUCCAUAAACACACACUGCCUAAUACCUACAUCCAUACACACAUACUGCCCAAUACCUACAUCCAUACUGCCUAAUACCUACAUCCAUACUGCCUAAUACCUACAUCCAUACUGCCUAAUACCUACAUCCAUACUGCCUAAUACCUACAUCCAUACACACUGUCUAAUACCUACAUCCACACACACACACUGCCUAAUACAUCCAUCCAUACACACAUACUACCUAAUACCUACAUCCAUACACACACCCUGUCUAAUACCUACAUCCAUACUGCCUAAUACCUACAUCCAUACACACACUGUCUAAUACCUACAUCCAAACACACACUGCCUAAUACCUACAUCCAUACACACACCCUGUCUAAUACCUACAUCCAUACAUACAUACUGCCUAAUACCUACAUCCAUAAACAAACACUGCCUAAUACCUACAUCCAUACACACACCCUGUCUAAUACAGCAUCCAUAAACAAAUACUGCUUAAUGUGUACAUCCACACACACACACUGCCUAAUACCUACAUCCAUACACACAUACUGCAUAAUACAUGCAUCCAUAUAUACAUACUGCUUAAUACAUGCAUCCAUACACACAUACUGCCUAAUACAUGCAUCCAUACACACAUACUGCUUAAUGCGUAUAUUCAUACACACAUACUGCUUAAUGCGUAUAUUCAUACACACAUACUGCUUAAUGCGUAUAUUCAUACACACAUACUGCUUAAUGCGUACAUCCAUACACACAUACUGCCCAAUAUAUGCAUCCAUACACACAGACUGCCUAAUACAUACAUCCAUAUAUACAUACUGCCUAAGACAUUCAUCCAUAUACAGAUAUUGCCUAAUACAUACAUUGUACAUUGAAUACAUAAUUUAUCACCGUGAUAACUUAUGUAUUCAAUGCAUUUGGUGAAUUUCAUUUAUAAUAAGACUAGCACAGACGAGCACACAUAUGGACAGACGAGCACAUACACAUACUGACUGACAGCACACACACACACAUACUCAGUCACUGACAGACCCCAACACUCACUGACAGACACACACAGUCACUGACAAAUACAAACACUCAGACACACACACACUCUCACUGACAGUCAAACACUCGCACACUCAUUGACACUUACACUUACGCAAUUUUAUUUUUUGAGGCCUCUCCAGCCUCGCUACCUCCCUGGUGUCCAGUGUAAGGGCCACUCUUCCUGCCCGCUGUUUAGUAUGCUGGGGCUCGAAUGACAUCAUAUUCCAGCUCCCGGCAUCACAGAGGGAUCAUGAAGGAGGAUUGAGAAGCUGCAAGAACAGCCUCCCACACUUGCCACUCUGCUGGCAUUAAUCGGCAGAGCAGGCACCUGCCAUGCGGGCAAGCAGGUGUCUGCUCUGCCACUCCUUAACCCCUUAAGGACCAAACUUCUGGAAUAAAAAGGAAUCAUGACAUGUCACACGUCAUGUGUCCUUAAGGGGUUAAAAGCACCGUAUCAGCGGCACCCUAAGGUGACCAGAUGGCCACCUCUUGGGCCCCCUGUGACAGGGCUCCUCUCUGUGCCCCCACCUUCGGGUGCAUGGAGGAUUGACCCGGCAGUGGGCAAGGGGUGGCUCAAGAGCUGCUCGCCCACCGCUGAAGCCCAAGACCGCAGCAGUCCACCAGGAAACAUCCCGGUUGGCACCCCCAGCAGACCAGUGCCCUAGGCGAAUGCCUAAUUCACCUAACGGUUGCACCAGUCCUGUAUAGCAUAUAUCAGGAACCAAUGAAAAGAGGUAGUAGAUAUCCAAACUGAUUAAUGUAAAAUUAUUCAACGGUUUAUUGUCAUUAUUAUUUUUUAAUGUUGUGUUUUCAUACUUUUUUUUGCAUUUGCCACAACAGAACGGGCCAACAGCACAAGCAGUAAUCAGUUUGAAAAUGGAGAUGGUUGCUACUUACAGAAGACAAAAAGAAAAAUGAAACUGGAAAUGCAGCAGCUCUCCACCCACAGCCGAGCUAAGAUUGAAAGAGUUCGGAGCAACAGCUCAGCGGCCAACUUGAUGGCAAAAAAACGAGUGAUCAGAAUGCUUAUUGUCAUCGUCAUCUUGUUUUUUAUCUGCUGGACCCCAAUAUUCAGUGCCAAUGCCUGGAGGGCAUUCGACACAACUUCAGCAGACAUCAUCCUCUCCGGUGCACCUAUAUCUUUUAUUCAUUUGCUCUCGUACACUUCGGCCUGCGUGAACCCAAUCAUCUACUGUUUCAUGAACAAGCGUUUUCGCUUGGGUUUCCUGGCUACGUUUGCUUGUUGCCCUAGACGAGGGGUGGAAAGCCGAGGAAUGGGACAAGGGAUUGCAGAAGAUGAGGGUAGGACCACAGGUGCUUCACUUUCAAAGUACACGUACACCAACAUCAGUAUAUCUGGUACAUCGCCUGCCCCUACAUGAAUAAAACUGCUGGAUUUUCAUUGGAAAAUAAAGGACCGACCAUAUAUGUACACAACCAUAUGUUUUGUGAGAUGGUGAGAUGGAUUGUCUUGAAUGAAAAUGUUUUUUGUUUUUUUCCUCUCUCAUCAAUUAAGCCUGGAUAAACAUAACGGAAUAAAAUGGUAUAUAGUACCACCAGGAUUGCUGCUACUGUGUUGCUCUUUUUGCCAAAUAAUCGAGAGCAGUUUGAUAUAUUAAUUGCUUGAUGACAAUUCUAUCCUCAAAUAGCUGCAUACACUCAUUGAUAACAUGAACAACAUACUUCAUAAACAAGCCGUGUCAUUGGUGAAGAAACAAUAAGUCACUUGAUACAAGGAUUGUGCUUAUAUUUAUAGUCUGGCAUCUGGCUGCAUGGGAUCAUAGACUAAACACAAGCUGGGGCAAUACGGACUAAAGUGUAACAUUAUAAGGGUUUAUUUUUAAAGGGAAAUUAUUAUAAAAAUGUCUUUAUCUUGUUUUCUUUUAUUACUAAAACAAAUUAUGUUUAUUUACAUUUUAUUCACUUAACUUGGAUUUAUGGAAAAUUGACAAAGAUGAUUAAUGAAUAUAAAUGCAAGUUUAGACCAAAAUAUCCAUACUGGAAAAAUAGUUGAAUAAUUUUUUUUUCCCCAGUUGGGUCAUUUUGAUCAGUAAGUACAAUUUAAUUGACAUUUCACCACAAUUUCCAGUUUAAUUUAUCAGCUUCAAACCAAGCAUGGAUAACUUAAAUUUAAAGUCAAGGUCAACUCAGUCUUCCAAGGUCAAUAAGAUGAGUACCAUUGAGCUGGGGAAUAAACUCUAGACCCCAGGGCAUACUUGGAAACUAUCACAAAGCUAAAUGUACCUCUCCUGGCUAAAUACUUUAAUAUUCUUCUUAGACAUUACUUGUAGCUUAUUGGAACACAUUUAUAAAUAAAACAAAUAAAUAAAAGUAUUCCCAAAAUACUUUUCCUGUUGCUUUUGACAAUAUAGAUAACAAAAUGAAUUUAAUGAACAGUAGGGUUAGGAAGAGAAGAGACUUAAAAAAUAAGUUAAAUGGAGACUCAUUUUAUGAUUAUCACGGUAAUAAACAUGCCAUAUUGAGAAACACAAUGAUACAAUACACUGUAUAGAUCUGUGUUAAAAUAUGUCGCAAUGUAUAGCUGGUAAUAGAUUCCCUUUAAAUUAGUGAUUUUGAUACAAAACAUUCUGUAAUGGAUAUCCGUAUGGUUCAUUAUGUUACCUGUGUGAUUGCAUAAACUAUGUAUUUUUUAUAUAUCUCUUCAGUGUUCAGUUCAAUUUGUUAAGUGGAACUCGCUGAUGGAAAUAAAAUUCUAAUUUUAAAUACUGUUUUUCCUUGUUAAAGACAUUGAUUAACAUUUGGACAUCAGGGAACUUAAGCAACGAGUAGUUAUUGUUCAGUUUAGUUGACCAGUAGAUUCUUUAUAAUUAACUUCUUCAGUUCCA